AAAAAAAAUCGAAAAGCCUGAAAAGAAAAGUGCCACGACUCCAGAGAGUCAGCAGCAGAGGCUGAGCCGGCUCAGAGAGCGAGUCUGUACCAGGAGGAUUCCAAGUGUACCGCAGCUCCCACUGUCUGAGCCUCUCCAGCACUGUCACAGCAGCCUGCCUGCACCACUCAGAGCUCCCCUGUGCAGGUAAGAGCAGGAAUAGCUGCAUUGUGCCUUCUCUGCCACUGGCAAUGCCCUGCCACCCUAUACCCAAUACUGCAGACACUGGCACCUCUGUCACCACUGACUCCCAUUCUGUUAUAUAGAAUAGCCUGCAUGGUGUGCUCAGACUGUGCCAUCCAGGAAUCACUGCUGUCCUAGGAUAUAACACUCCCCUAGGGAUUGGGGUAAAUUCUUUUUAUUAAUCAUGCAGAAUGGCAUCACUGGAAAAAGGGUCUGCUGGAGACUGAGCAGCUGGAAUGUGCCUGAAUAGACAAGGAUGUCAGACCGGAUCCUACAUAUAAGGAAGGGAAUUAUAGCUCCUUCAUAUUGCUGUUACUUUAUAACUGAUCACUUCUAGACAGAGAGAGAACAAAAAAAAAACUUGUUUGGACUUUGUAUGGGAAACCAGGAAGGAUUGGUGUGUGUCCUGACUAUAAAGAACCAUUCUGGGGGCAACGUUCUAAAAGUGGAGCAAUCAGCAGGAACGUUCUAAUGGUUUCCACUUUUAGAACUUUGCCCCCAGAAUUAUUCUUUCUACAGAAAGCAUUACGUGUCUAUUUACUAUGCAAACUAUAAGCUUCGGACUAGGUUUCCCAAUCAUGUCCUGGCAGCCAGAGGCUCCCAAGCUGCCCUGAUCUCCCUUACAUCGCUUAGUCUGGUUUUCUAAGCAUUAUGUGUAAUGUAGUCUACAUCAGCUGGAGUGCAUAGUCAUCAGUUCAUCUAAUGGAUAAUCCUGCAUUGGAAGGUUAUAUAGUGUCAUGUGCAAGUAGUGUUGUUUUUUUAUAUAUAUAUAUAAUUUCUUUUUUAUGAGUAACAUGUUUAUACCGAAUGUUCAAUGGAAUGUCAGGCAGAUGUUUCCUCGUUAACAAUAUAUCAGUAUAUGCCGGAUUCAUUGUGUGAUCUGAUAUAUUUUUUGCGUGUUUUAGCUUUGAUCUUUUAUUAGAUAGCUUGUGGAAAGACAGUAUCUACAAAAAACAAAUUAUAUAUAUAUGUAUAUAUGACUCCCAUGAUUUUGUAAUUAAAUCUUUCAGUCCUUUUUUUUUGUUUGUUUGUUUCUUUUGGUAAUGGAAAAAUUAAUACACGCUUCUAGAGAGGAACUCCCUGGGUGAGGGAGCUCCCCCAAUCUGUGACCUUCCUCUCUAGAAGAAGCUUACGUGUCCACAUUUCUCCACUGAGCUGAUGGUGUGAGGGACACGUCUGCUUAACCCAUCUAGCAGUCUGGAAAAAUAAUGGAUAACUCCAUCCUCCUGGACUGCCAGACCCCUUUGGGAUGGACCUUAUUAGCAUAUGGGACUGUAUGUUUGGUGUACCAGCACGUCUACCUCCCCCUCCUGCCCCCUUUACUUUAUGCCAGAAUGUCAGAAUGCUCAAUCAGCUUUGAUCUCACUUUCUGCAACUGAGAAAUUGCAGAGUUUAGUGGUGACUGUACAUUAAAAACUGCUAGACCUCUGCUGGUUGUGCUUUUAUAUUUUGAUUUAAAAAAUAAAUAAAUACACAAUUUGUGCCAUUCAGAAACUUCAUAUAUAUUUUUUUUAAUAAGAAAUAUAAUGAUUAAAUAUAUAUUUUUAUUUAUUUUUUAUAAAUUAUUUUAUGUUAUUUUAAUUGUAAAAAGGCAAAUCUCCAUUCCGUGUGCAAGUACUUGGCAUGAAACAUUUUGUUGCUGAUUAAUGCACAUUUAUAUAUCUAUUUUUUAAUAUGUUAAUACAUGAAUGUUUAGAGAAUGUCCUCUGUAACACAUAACCCCUAUCUUAUUAUUAUUAUUAUUAUUAUUAUUAUUAUUGCCAUUUAUAUAGCGCCAACUCACAAUAUAGCUGACAAUGAUCUCUUUUUAUCCCGUUUUCUCGAUUCAUAUGAACAAAAAUAUUUAAAACUCUGCUGGCUGUUCAAGCACUUCUUUAAGGUGCAAGAAUGAAUCUGUUUUAAUAUUAUGCAAGGAAAAAUCCAGAUUUGUUUUUUCAACGUGCAUUUGUGAUACUAGAUGUGUUGUUUAAAGUAAAAAAAAAAAAAAAGGUGAGGGGGAGAGAGAUAUUGAAACACCACUUCCCAUAUAAAUCACUGUUCAGUAGAUAAACCCAAAAUGAAAUUUGUGCAUUUUAUAAUCGGUUUUUAGGUAUAUCUAAAAACUGCUCGCAAAAGCUGCAGAUUUCUUGUCUUCUCUUCUAAUCUCACCCAGACUUUCUAUGGCUGUCCAAUCAGACUUCCCAAUGAAACUCAAUGAGAAGUCUUUGCAAAGCAGGUGCUCUGGGCAAUUACUGUGUUUUGAGUUUAGCUGCACUGAGCUGAACAAACCAGGAAGUAACAGGACCAGUUGUCUGACUGCCAGGGGGUGUAAUUUUAAUAAAUAAUACAUUUUAAUGUGUUAAAUUCUAAAAGUGUAAAUUUGUGUUAAAUGGGGAGGGGGGGGGGGAGGGGGACACUUGAAGUAAAGUGUUCCUUUAACUGUAUUUUUCCCAGAAACCCUCUGCCUUCUGUUGAAGAGUUGUACAUAACUUCAAGCAUCAGAAAGAGACUCUCACAGGCAGCCACUCAUUCAUUAAAAAAAACAUGAAUGAGAAGCAAUGCUUUGAGCAAAUGGAUGCCCUUGUUACAUAAGUGCAAACCUUAUUUUUUUUUUUGUGAAUGAGAAUCAGUCACUUGAUUUAUGAAAUACGUCAAAAUAUUUUCCUGGUAAAACACUUUAACAAACCCUUCAAAAGUCAAAGCAGGACCUAAACUGGUUGAACUCCCAAUUUCUCUCUCACUGCUUACUAUGUGCUUGUUCCUAGCUGUCUUCUAGUUGCAUAGGACGUUACAGGCAGAGGCAGUAGAUCUUGAACAUUUGCUGAAGGCACAGUCUUCAUUAUCUUUUUAUUCUGUUUAGACAUGACUUUGUGAUGCACUUUCUAAAUGUAUUAACAGGGGUGGCACAUUGGGCUUUGUAUCAGAUUUUGCAUACCCCUCCCAAACCUGACGGGACGCUCACAACGUCUUCUGUCCUGCCAUCCCAGUUUUAUUCCCUGGAGUCCGGCUUCUGAGGACACCAAGAAUCUGUCUCCAGCCAGUGGGGUGUGAGUCCAUCGUUAGAUGAGCUCAUGUUGUGUUGAGGGCUCUAGGUCUAUGCAGAGAGUGCUUCAGUAGUGCUGCCUGGGCAGACUCACAUCUUCUGUGGGCGACCCUGACCCCUUUCUGGGCCAGACCGCCUAUUUUGGGUAUUGCCCCAGGGGUCUCAUUAGCACACCCUUAGGUCCAUCCUGAUUUCACUUCUCCUAGUGUUGGAAAGUAAAAGUUGAAACAAAUUGCUCUCAAUAAAGUGACAAAUGUGCAUGCAGUUUCCACCUUAAAUUCUUAUUUGACCAUCCCAGCCUUUGAGCAUCUUGGCUUCAGUGUGCAGGUUGUGCAGCCUUUUAUAUCUAGUCUAGUUGCAUUCCUAACACUAUAGUGCCUCUGGUACCCACUUCCUUGUGAUCCCUGGCACAUAAAGGGUUAAUAAAUAUCCUUUAUUUACUCACGUGAUUUGAGCUCCGACUUCAUCUGACAGGGGGGACCUAAGGAGCAUGCAUGGCAUGCACCGCAAGCACGUUAGGCCUUUCCCAUAAGAAAGCAUUAAAUCAAUGCUUUCCUAUGGGGCUUUCACUGAUGCUGGUUGUCUGUUAGAAUCCAAGAGGCACCUCUAGUGGCUGUCUGAUAGACAGCCACUAGAGAGAGUCCUACUCCUUCAAGGGAAGUUUCUCAAAUACUGCAGUGUUUUACAUUGCAGGACUAAGAGAGACAGGGACACUGCACCGAGACCACUUCAAUGAGAUUAAAUGGUCUGGGUGCGUAGUGUCCCUUUAAAUGUUAGUGUAAUAGUAUAGAUUACUGGCCACCACCCAGUGGUUUUUUUGUUUGUUUUGUUUUGUGUUUUUUUUUUAAUAAAAAGAAAAAUAAACAUAAAAUUACCUUUUUUAUCCAAAAGGUCAGUGUCUGUAGAACAGCUGCUUUGCCUUCAGUGAUGUGAGAGGCGUGGUAUUGGAUAAAUAUUGUGUUUUACAUUGUAUAGAAAAGGGGAGAUCAUCUAUGUAUCUUCGCUUCAUUUAGGUGAGGUGGUUUGGGGCCUAGUGUGUCCCCUUUAAAUAAUCAGCAUUUUAAAUUAUUGUUUAAUAUCCAGUUGAUUACUUUCUGUAUUUGUGUCAUGAAAGAGACUUCCAACUAUAAAACGAAAGCCAGAAAAAAACAGGUGAUUAUAUUCAGCUGGCUGUGGCAGCUCAUUUGAUUCAUUCUGUAAUGUGGAAAUUUAAUUUUUUGUUUUUCUUUAAGCAAGUUAGUACUUCAAAUUUACUGCAACAGUCGAAGAACAUUUUUUACUCUUUCUUAUGAGACACUCUAGUCAGAACCCUGUGACCACUAGAUAUGAAAUACAUUUUGGGUUUUUGCUUCAUGUUCUUGCUGUACUUUCCACUACAUUAAAAUAUCUUUAGUUACAGUAAUACUUAUUUAUAUAGCACCAUCAUAAUCAGCAGCGCAGUGCAAUAAGGAAACAAAACAAACAUUUCAUUCUAAAAAAAAUAAAAACCGUGUGACAUACAUACCGAAACAGUGAGUAAAGAGGGCCCUGCCAAAACAAGCUUGUAAUCUAAAGUUUUGUUUAAAAUAAAGUUUUGUAACUUUUAGUAUAGCUCUGCCCCCUUAGCCAUGCCUUUUGGUUUUCACAAAGCCUCUUCCUGGCUGGAAGUACUCAGCUCAGCCAACGAGAGAUCAGUGUGAACUGAGCUGCUGACAUGAUUCUGCCCCACAGCCAAUCCCUGCCUUUGAAUAUCUAGCCCUUUGCCCUUAGCAUGGCUUUGAAAUACUAUAUAAAUAGAUCCCCAAAUGUUGUACAACUGCAACUCCCAUGAUGCUUUGCAUGUCUUUAGCAUGCUAAAGAAUGACAAAGCAUCAUGGAAGUUGUAGUUUUAAAACAUCUGGGGAAUCUACCAUUUGGGCACCCCUGAUAUAGAUAGUAAAAGGACAACGAUUGGCUGUGGGUCAGAGUCAAGGCAGUUGCACAGCUCAUUUCUCAAGGCCAGAGCUGCAUUGUCUACCUUCAGGAAGAUGUUUUGUGAAUUGGAGAUGUGACUAAAGGAGUGGGGUUAGGUUGCAGAAAGCUACAAAACUGUAUUUUAAAAAAAUAAUUUUUUUAUAUAUAUAUAUAUAUAUAUAUAUAUAUAUACUUAUUUUUUUAGUAACAAUGUUGGUGCCAAGAGUGUUCCAUUUAAAUUCCUUGGAUUGCAUUGCAAGUGUAACUCAAGUGUGGAUAAUGCAUGCAAUCACGCUACACUUUCCCUCUGUCCUCCGGACACUAGGUGAUAGAGCUGGUCUGUCAGGGUCUGUUUGGGUUUUUAGCUCUGUGGUGGACAAGCAGUAGGGCUGAUACAGGGAAGUCUUGGGGUGCAGUGCUGGGCAGGGAGCAUGGAGAGUGCAAACCAAAGGAUUUUCUCCCUUGUGUCAGUAUGCUGCUGGUAUCCUCAGCUCGCACGGAUUGUAAGGGAGCUUCUACACUCAGCCACCUGGGAGUUUAAUCACCAGUGACAAUAGCAACCCUCCCUGCAGAAGCAGGAUGGGGCAAAACAGAGACCCCACAACUAACACACACACACACACUACACUAUGGUCCGUACCCACACACACUCUAUGGUGGGGACAGGGAGAGAUGUUGGGUUGGGCACAAGGCAUGCCUAGGGCAUUGACGCAUCCAAUGCGAUUUAAGCAUUGCUGCUUGCGUGACAAUCCAAGCACCAUAACCUUUUUAAAGUCCCCUCUCUGGGGGGUAAAGAAAGUAUAAGGAUCAAUUUAUUCAGUAAACCUGUUGAACCAAUUUCAGAAAAUCUAACAAUUAUUUGCGCUAUUUCAGAGUUCAGUUUCAUCACAAACCUAAUUUACCAAGCGUCACCUCUCAGCAGGUGGAACCGAGGUGAGAUCAGUCUGUAGUCUAUAUACUGAGCUGCUGUUUAUUUCAGCCCAGCUGAACCUGCGUCAAACUUAGCAAUUAGAUUUUAUUGAAUUAAAAUGAAUCCCAAAAUGCCAGUUUAAGCCAACAGGACGGCUGUAUUGGCCUCUUUGCCUUGGCGAAGAAUAGUGAAUUCAGUUACUUUUAGGCUUUACCUACCUUAUUAGGGUCAGUUUUCUUGGUCCUUUGCUCACCACCAAUUUUAUAAUAAUAUAUGGAAACUCUGAAACAAUCUGUAUGAUUUUGUUUCCUGUGAUUCUUUCUAGUAAGUAACAUUGGCACUCAUUCGGAAACCAUUGAUUUCACACCCAUUAAGAUGUAUUGUGUGAUGAAGAACAGUGGGUGUAUUGGAAUUUUCGUUACUGGAUUCCCAGAACAUAAUUGCUAUCUUGAUGUGGUAUGAAGGGUUUUGUAUGGUAAUGCCCUUCAUUUUUAUAAUGUAAGGCAGUACUGUUAACCCCUCCCCCCCCCCCCUAGAUUUAUACCUGCAGAAAUCAUUAUAUCCUGUAAUUUGUGUUCAGGUUAUUAUGGAAUAGGUGCUACCCCAAACAUGCACUGUAGGACAUGGUUAUUUAUGAGCAUAACAUAAUUCUACAGAUCUGUGUAUCUGUGCCUUACUUAUAUCCUGAAAUGCUUCUACACACAACACUUGUAAAAUUAAAAAAAAAAAGUAUUUUUAAUACAUAACAACUUGAGUGCCCAAUGUAUUGCUGUGGAAUGUGUUUAAUACAUUCUAGAAGGUGGAUUAUUCUCCAAAACCUCUUCCUUUUAAAUGCAAACGGUAUAAAACUCUUCUUGGAAGAUUGAGAUAGUAAAUGCAAACAGGCUUGAUAAUUGUAGAGCAAAAUGAGAAAAUGUGACGAUUUAUAAUAAAAACUGCAUUCUUCUGAAGUCAUUUCACCUAGAGCUAAUGACUGGCCAAAAUGUAAUUUUUAGACUGACGGGGUUCUUAGUAAUAUGAGGGUUGUUGGGAAUUCAAAGUGAAUGUCAAAUUUAGGGAUAAAAUAGCUGAAAAAUUUCUCCUAAGUUAGCUAUGCUUCCAGGAACUUUGGUCUAAAAUUUGAAAUUCCCACUUUAAUAAACAACCCUGUAAUUAUUCCAUUCUGGAAGAAAUACCUUGACCCCCACCCCCUCCCAAGAUUCCCUCUUGGGAUUCUGAUAUAUCUGGCCUGUAAUCAUGGUUGUGUAACUCAAUGGUAUAUGUAUGACCCUUUGCCACAUCUUUAAUAUAUUAUAUGUUUAAUUUUGCUAGAGACUCAUCACCAGUCAUAACAGCUUAAUGAUACAUAAAAAAGUCUACGUCAAAAACUUGACUGCGAUACUACAGAGGAAGUUCUUUACAAUCGUACGUAUUGCUAGCUGCUAAGCAUCAUGGGAAAUGUAGUAUACAGUAGCAGCAGUGUCAAUGGUUAGUUAUCAGUUAUCACUGUUGUAGUGGUUGAAUUCAUAUUCUUGUGGAAGAAUAGCUAUCAAAACAUUUUGCUAGGUUACUAAUUGAAUACAGAUCUCUAAGGACCCCUUAAUGAACAGAAAUAUACACAGCUCAGGUACAUCUGCACUGGUGUUUAGAGAUUGCUCUCUUCUUCAUGAAAGACAGACACAAAAGAAAACCAAUGCGUUCAAACCUGUUACACGUAUCAUUAUGGUUUUCUCAUUUUUAAAGAACUGCAAAGCCUGCGGAGAACUGCCAAGGCUCCCGGCGUCUGGAAAAUUGAUUGCGAGCUCACUAAGCCAUAAAUAAAAAAAAAUGUAUUGUGAUUUCAUAGCUUGGAAAUUUCAAAUCAGGUAGCUGGUUUUUAUUACCUGUAUGUGUUGUUGUAGAUACUGGUUUGAGGAGUGUGUUCUUUAAUAUUCUUUUAAUAUUAUAUUCAGCAUUAUGCAGGCAAACUGAAUGCAACAGAUAUUGUUAUUGAUACUGAAAAAAUUCAGAUAUUAAAAUAAAUAAUAUAUAAAUAUAUAAUAGCGCUGCCGUCAGAAAUAGUCUCUGCAACAACAUACAGUAUCGUAUUAAAUACAAAAAACAAAUACAGCAAACCUCAAAGAACCAUUUCCUGCUAAGUGGAAUAUUGGGAAUUACAGAAUUUGAUUAAGGUUUACUAUAUCCCUUUUGAGAUGGAGGACGUUUCCCAUGCAAUACGACCUCUUCGUGGAGAAUGUCCCCCUCUCAAUUUGCAGUAAAACCUUUUCACCUUAAAUCAAGUGGCAGGUGAAGCUCCCAGCGCCCCCACUUCUGCGUCCCCCCAGACGUCACUGGGGCCACGAGCGGACUAUUCCUGUGAUUGGACCAUUUAGACAGAUCAGUGCAGAGGGAAACAGAGUGAGGGUUAUUUUAAAAACAAUUUGGCACAGAGAAAUGUGGGAGGGAGUGCCCAAUGGGUGGGAGAGGAUUGCAGGUGCUCUACAUUGUGCACGGCAUCUUUGUAAGUCAUAAUUAUUUUUAGACCUCUUGACUUGUUAUUAAUAAUGAAAUAUAUUUCACUUUUUUUUUCACCGUUCACCUGUCAUUUCUGUGUCGUGUUUGGCAUGAUCUUUGUAAACACACCUUCUGCUGUGUAUGUGAAUUGUACAUGUAUGUACAAAACCUAGGAAUCCUGUAUACAUUUAAUAAAUACAUAAGAUAAGGCCUGACAACUCUACUUAUUAACUAAUGUGGAUUUAAUGUCUAUAUCCCCCCCCCCGCCAUAUUCUGUAUAAAGAUUAAAGUGUUCCGCCUUGCAUUGUUCACUUAUUAAUUGUCCAGGUGAGGCCAGGUCCUACUAAGGCAAUGCAACACAGUAGAUUUUAAUUAUUUAUUUUUUUUAAUUGGCUUGGUUGCCCUGUUUUGAGAGAGUCUACAAAUUAAAGAAAAAAAAAAAGAAUGAGAAUUUUGAGAACAGACAAAAGCUUAGAGUAAACUUAAUAGCUUGCCCUUCAGUACAUCCCUGCUCAGAUCUCAAAAUAGCUUUUCCUUACUUGUGCUAUUACAGAGAGAACAUAUCUGAAGUAUAUCAGACUGGUCCCACCUGUACGGGUAGUCCAGAUUUAAGAUGUCAGCAAGCUCCCUCUGCACGAGAGAUGCAGCAACCCCAGACGAUUGUUUCGGCCUUCUUUUGGGCCUCGUCAUUGAGGUGUAGCUGAUAUCCCUCUAGGCACAACUUUUAACUUGGGGUGAGCCAAGUUAAUGCAAUAAAGCAAAAAAAGAAGAAAAGAAGAAGACAAAUGUCUACAAAUUAAAACGAUACCACUUUGUCAUAUUACAACUUUCGGUAGAAAUCGGGAUCACGUUAAAAGGGAACUUUCACUACUUAUGAAGUUAUUCCACAUGGAAAAGCUUACUAAAAAGAUGCAGAGCACAUACAGAAUUUAGGUUUGCUUGAUUCCAAGUAGACAGUCCUGUCCUCAUGCAUUUCCACAGAGACUAUAUUUAUUGACUAUGCAAAACAUAAGUGUUUACAGUGGCAACAUUCUGCUUGUUUACAUGCUAUGCUAUAUGGAGAGCUCAGUGAAUUCAGGUGUGGUACUGUGAUAGGAUGCCAUCUUUGCCAUCUUUGCAGUUUGUGAAAUAUAUCUAUGGCCGAGCAGCUGCAUGCUAGACUCACAUCGCCACUCGACUCUGGAGUAGUGGAACAUGUUAUGUGGAGUAAAAAAUCACACUUCUCUGUCUGGCAGUCAGAUGGGCGAGUCUGGGCUUGGCGGAUGCCAGGAGAAUAUUGCCUGCCUGACUGCAUUGUGCCAACUGUAAAGUUUGGUGGAGGAGGGUGUUACGCACGCUCGCAGUUCGGGUGUUGAGUCAAACGUUCUCCAGAUGAAAAGUAGAUUUCCCCAGCAAUCAGACAUAUACCCAAACAUCAGCCUUAACUAGAUGAAGGAUACAACGGGAAUUAAUUUAUUCAGGCCAACUGGCCGGUUUAUAUGCAAGUCCCCAUGCAAAUGGUUUACCAUGACAUAUUCCAGGGGCAUUCCCCACUGACUAUGGAAAAGUACACACUGUAAUUAGAUUGGCUCUCGGGUCCAGGACACUCUCACAAAAAAAACUGGAUAAUCCCUUCCCUGUGUCUGUGAGAUAAUUGAGUCAGGAACUGUACUGAACUCCAUUAUCUCCAGGCACCGAAAACAUACAUUUUACAACCCCUGAAAGUACCCCCAAAACACAUGGAAACCCCACAAGUCAUAUCCCCUGAUAGCCUCGAUCUGGGGGACCAACAUAUCCAAAAAUCACCCAGAUCAGUUCAGGGGUCUGGGAUUUCCAUGGAAGUCAUAAUUUGACCGACCGCACACAAGGCUCCUGCCUAAAACAGUUCCAGAGAAUCAGGGCUUGCAGUCGGUCUAGUCCAGUAGUUUAAAAACCAAACAAACUACUGAACAUAGUCAAUAGUCUUAUCCUGGAGCUUGUCCCCUCAUCCAGACGAAUGAUUCCAAUGAACAGUGCCCUUCUUAGUUGUAUAGAACCGAACACAGACGAUGAUAGAAGUCCAGCGGUGUUCCAGAGUUUCCAUGUCCGAUUUUAGUUCCAGGAACUAGAUGACCAAACACCGCUGCCAGCGUUCAUGCGAACAAGAUGGCCGCCACCUCGUGGUCGUUCAUGCUAACAGCAGUCACCCAGACAAACACUGCGGGUAGAAUCGUUACUAAGUGGUAAUAAAGUUUAAAAAGUGGUCUCUGGUUCAUGCGGCUGUUUGGUUCCCGAACCACAUAACCCCAAUUGCAUGAAGAGAGCCUAUUAAAAGUAUAUUAGCCAAGGUCUAUUGCAGAGGCCAUAGUCCUAAGGCAAGAGGCUGGCCAGCCGGCCCCUCCAAGAACCUGUGGUGAGGUUCAGUUCGUCACAAAGGAAUAAUGGUAUGGGGCUUUUUUUAAGGGGUUGUGCUAUGCCCCUUAUAUCAAGUGAAGGGAAAUCUUAAUUCUUCAGAAUGCAAGGACAUUUUGGCCAAUGCUAUGCUCCCAGCUUUGUGGGGACAGUUUUUGGAAGGUCCUUUUCUGUUCCUUUUUGUGCCCCAGUGCACAAAUCAAGGUCUAAAAAGACAUGUUUGGAUGAAUUUGGUAUGAAAGAACUUGACUGGCCCGCUCAGUCCCUGGACCUCAACCCCAUCGAACACCGUUGAGAUGAACUGGAACUGAGAUUGCGAGCCAGGCCUUCUCGUCCAAUUUCAGUGCCUGACCUCACAAAUGCUCUACUGAAUGAAUGUGCAGAAACCCCCACAGAAACACUCCAAAAUCUUGUGAACAGUGGAAGCUGUUAUAGCCGCAAAGGGGGGACUAACUACAUAUUAAUGUCUAUGUAUUUAGAAAGCAAUGUCCUAAACGUCCCUGUUAGUGUAAUAGUUAGGUGUCCCAAUAAUUUUGUCCAUAUAGCGUAAUUAGAGUGCUUAAUUUACUAGAUGUGAGUAAGAAAUUUAGAAGCUGUACAAAAUGAAUAAAUCAUCAUAAAUGUAUGACUAGAUUUAUAAGAACGCUUUUGAUGCUAUUAAAUGGAGCAUUCACGAUUGAACAGUAGAUGUGCUAUUUUAAUUCUUUUCAUUUCCUGUACUGGAAGCAUCAAAAACAAACUUAUUCAUUAUCAAGGAAAAAAUAAAUGCUUUUAAAUUGUUCAUAAACUCACAAUGAAACUAUUGUAGCCUGCAGUAUAAAUUACAAGGCUGAAUUAUACACUGCAGUUCCCUUGUCAGAUCUCCAUAAUUCCUGUUGUGUAAAAUGGUAUCCCUUUUAGCCCAGAUCUUCAUUUAAAGGGGUCUUAACAUCCUAGGAAGCUGUCUUUACAAGUAUACCUUUCAAAUCCUCUAAUCAUCAUAUAUUUAUACUUUGCUCCUAUUCUCUCUAUCAAUCGAGAACUCAGUUUAAAAAAUAAAUAAUUUUUUUUUAGUAGUCCAAUAAUUUGGUGAAAAAUCCUGUUCACAUCCCGAUUUAAAGGGGCAUUUGAUUGGUAGUGUGGCAAUUGCUGCACUCCCUGUGUCUCUAUUCUUUGAAAAUCAUUAGAUUGGACAAUCUAAGCGCCAACAUGCUAAUGUUAAGGACCACUAUAGUUUUCCUGGCAAUAUAGUUCCCUGAGAGUGCCCUCACCCUCAGGGACCCCAUCCAGCCGGGCUACGGGGAGAGGAAGGGGUUAAACACUCACGUUUCUCCAGCGCCGGAUGGGGAGCUCUCCUCCUCCUCUCCUCCUCUUCGGCUGAAUGUGCAUGCGCGGCAGGAGCCGCGCGCAUUCAGCCAGCCUCAUAGGAAAGCAUUUACAAUGCUUUCCUAAGCACGCAAGUGAAACUGCUAUGUUUAUAAAAAAAAUGGGUUAACCCUAGCUGGACCAGGCACCCAGACCACUCCAUUAAGCUGAAGUGGUCUGGGUGCCUAGAGUGGUCCUUUAAAAAUAAAUCUGUUUGUAACUUUAGUGUGUGUCUUUAAGCUUGAGGAAGAACUUGAUCAAAUGUCUGGGAAAAGUGCAAAUGAGAGGCAUUCAGAUGAAAAUAUAAAUUUUUAAAAUUUAUUUAUUUUUGUAUUUUUUAUUCAGUAUGUUUAAAAUCGGUGUUAAGCCUACCCCGGAGUGACUUGUUCACUAGAUUACAACAAUGAUCAGUUUGAAUUUCAAGUUUGCAUGAUUGUAUGAUAGUAUCUAACUACUAGUAUUUAAGUUUCAGAGUUCUAUUGUUACUUAAAACAUAGCUUUGCUUAUUGGUUUGGCAGCAUAGUUGAGAAUUAUUUAUAUUGAGCAACCGCUGUGAAAUUCUGAAAUCUCAUAUUCCCACUCUAAUUGGUAAAUAAGAAAUGUCUCACUGUUGACCUAUGUAAAAAAUACAUUGUGACCCCGAGUUGGCAGAUGUAAAUACAGUGAACAUUUGAAGGUAGUCUUCAAAGUAUUCCGUUUUUAAAUUUACAGAAAAAUUUAUUUCAUGAUCGAGGUAUUUUUGUGUUGAAAAGAUGUGUGACGACCAUUGAUAAUCAAAUGCACAAUGGCUGCUACACUGUGACAGGAGCUAAAUUAAAAAUAAAACUCUAAUGCCGAACCUGUCUUUUUAAAAAGAAAAUUUUAAUGUCCUUACUGUGCAUGAAUGUUCUCACAUGUAUUCUCUGUGAUCUGUGGUCCUCUCUAUGUGCCUACGCCGGCAUGGAAGAUCUGUUAGACAGGAUUGGGAGCUCCAUAUUAGGAAGGGGUGAGCCCUGUGACCACAUUGUCUAAUAUGUUAAUGUAUACACCUUGCAUUAGAGCAAGCAUGUCAAACUCAAAGUGUGGCACGGGCCACAUAAACAAGGUUCAAGUUUAUGUGGGCCACACACUCACUCACUGACUGACAGACACACACACUCACUGACUGACAGACACACACUCACUGACAGACACACACACACUGACAGACACACACACACACACACUGACAGACAGACACACAGUCACACUAACACACAUAAAGACACAUACAUACUUGCUGAUAGACACACAUACUCACUGGCAGACACACACACUUGCUGACAGACACAUACUGACUGACUGACAGACACACACACACUGACACAGACAGACACACACAUACUUUUCAUUAUUGCUUUUACCUUAUGGAGCUGAUGUGGGGUAUCUCCCUGGGGUCCUUCCUGCUCCUCAUUGCUCCCACGCACGUUUUAGUGAUGCUUCACUUCAAUUGGCAUGCGCGAGGGAGCAGUGAGGAGCUGGAACACUGAGCUCCCUCGCGGCCAUCCUCCCCGGCCGGGUAAUUUUAGUAGAGUAGGCACCUGCAAUAUGGGGAAAGCAGGUGCCGACUCUGCUGUAACACCAAGCAUGUACUCACGGCUCGCCGAGCCGCAAAGGUGGUCCUUGUGGGCCGCAUUCGGCCCGCUGGCCGCGAGUUUGACAUACUUGCAUUAGAGGCAUUAAAUACAAUUGUAAAAGGAAGCAUUUAAAAAACAAACCCACAACCAAAAUAAAAUACAAAAAGUACUAGGCUUGACCCACUGAAACCUUUUGAUUAAUCUGACAUUUAAAAAAAUACCUGAAAAGAAUGGAUACUAAUAAAUGUCCAAAUAAAGUGUGCUUCUCAUUUAACCCGUGUCUUCCCUGGAGUGUCUGACCAUUGUGUUCUUGGCUUAUAUAUAUAUAUAUAUUGCUUUGAGAGCAUUUCAAAAUCCAUAUGUCAAUCUAACAUAUAUAUUACAUGACAUAUAUACCCGCUCACUGCAGUUGAUAUGUUGUUUGAAGUGUCCUGUUUAAUACUAAACAGGAACUGUUUGACAUAUACUAGAGCUCUUACCAUCCCUCAGUAACUGCCCCUGUGUGGACCGCAUUGUUAAUCUGGAAUUAGAUGUCCACAUUAUCAACGUCAAUUCCAUGAAGCUGGAUGACUUUCAUUGGUUGAGCAUGCUAUAUGUAUUUUAAAUGAACACUCCAAACACCAUAACCACUACAGCUCUCUGUAGUGGUUAAGUUGCCAGAAGUGCCAUGGCGCCUCCCCAGUGUAAGUAGACAAUCCAUUUUUAGAGGGGGGGUUGUAAGCUCCUAAGCAGAGGCUUCUUUUAGCUCUCCUGAGCUUAACCAUGUAAUAAAUCUGACAAAUAAGGGAAAAAAAAACAAGUAAAAAAGGCACUAUAACGUUAAUCCUCUAAUGAACUUUCUUUUUACUAAAAAGUACAAAAUUGUGUGAGAGAGAGAGCAGCACCCUAUCAAGUGUUAGUGUAAUAGCUCCUGAAACACACACAACAAUAAAAACCAAAUAUGGGUGCGCUAUGCCUUUAAGACAAAUUCAAUUUGUAAAGUACAAAGAGUAUUCUAAAAAGUGUAACUGUGCAAUCCAAACUUUAAAGUGCAAUUAUAUUCUUUGCAAGCAGUGAGAAUUCCAGUGUACAUAAAACACUUAACUUACGCAAAAUAUUUUCUGAACUAAAUAACAGACAAGAUGAAGACAUUCAUUGUUAAAUCUAUAAUAUUUAUGCAAUGUGACUAGCUGAUUGAUUUAAGUAUUUUGCUUAUUUAAAAGCAUUUUGAAAAUGUGUUUUUAAAAAAGAAUGUACCCGUUCUAACCUGGAGGGACUCUUUAUUAAUACUUUGAAUGUUCAUUAAGCCAUCCUGAAGAAAUUAUUAAAAGUCUAGUGAUUUCAAAAUCGUAUUCUAGAUGGGUCAGUUGGUUCUUCUCUGCUGUCACAAUCCAUAAUUCUAUAUGCUGCUUAAAGUGCACCUGUCAUGUUACAUUUUUAAAGUGGUUGCGCCAUUCUUCCAAUAUGUUUAAUAAUGCAUUCCACUCACCUGCCUUGGAGCCAUUGAUGACCCUUUGCUGUGCCACUUCCCAUAAUUCUCACCAGCAUUUACCUAACCUAUCCUUUCUGAUUGGUUUCUCAUUCCGUGUAUUUUUUUAACUCUCACGGUUAAGACAUUGUCUAAGAGUGUAAAGAGGUAAAAUAAAAGACAUAACUGAGGAAAUGCGUCAUGAAAUAUAUCUAGUUACACAAACAAACUAUUUUGUUUUCUAUUAUUAAUGUACAAUUUUCUUUGUCACACGAAAUGCAUCAUCUAAAUCACUGGGAAGCAACAAACCGGUACACUUUAUUUGUUACAUAUCUGUUACAUAGCAUACAUAUUCUAGCAAUUUUGUGCACAAUGUAUACAAUAAAUCAAGAUCUGUGUAUAUGUUAAAGUGGUACACUCUCCAAGUUUACCUUUGCCUCUUGUGUUCCAUGAUGCAUUUGCCAUUUUUUUUUUUUAAAUCGAAGGAUUAAGGUUUUACUUCUGGGAACCUGGCAAAAGUAAACCCCAGACUUCAGCGGCCUGCUGAUAAAUUUCCUGGUUUCCCAGUGGGUCAGUCCAGCCCUGAUCUAAGCUUAGACAGCUUUUCGUGAUACUCCAUGCACACUUGGGCAUGUGUUUAAGACCUGGCAAAUGGUAUCAGGUUUCCUUUCAUAGUGCUGUGUGCGUACAUGGACCCUCACAGCACCCUUGGAUGUGACACAAUGGCUUGUCAAGCAUUAUAUGCUUUUGCAACACCAGGGCAGAUGUAAACAUGAUAGCUCAACUUAUUGCUAUCGUUUAUUUAUAGAUCGUCAUAUAUAAAGAGCAGCUAAACGCCUGUAACAUUGAACCACUGUUAUGCACUUUAACACGGUAAAGUCACUUAUCUGGAAGUGAGUUUCCUUCUUCCCCCACAUUAGUAAAAGUUAUUGAAUCAUUUACAUGAGUGAAUAAUACAGCAGAGAUCAGAAAAAAGUCCCCUCGAACACACUUAUAUGUACCUGGGCAUCUACAAAGCCAUGUACAAGGCUACUUUUGGCAUCCCUUCAGUAUUGUGGUACAUAGCCAGGUUGAGUGUGGAUGUAUUUCACAAUAUGUAAACUGGCAAGGUCUGUUAAAAUAAAUAACACGUUAUAACUAACUUUUUAGAUGGCUAUUGGCUAAUGCAUAAAUCUCACAAGUAUCACAAGUGACCGUUUUCAUUUCAAAGACACUCUAUCCUUAAUAGCUAGCAGUGCAGUGAGGUACCGGUUUAUCUGAGAAUACAAGUUUUACAUUUUGUCCCUUUUGCCUUCAGGCACAGAAGUAUCCUUGUUAACUUUACUUGUGUAUGUCAAUAACUUUUUUUUUACUAUAUGGCUGUAAAAAUUAACGUUUUUUAUGUUGCAUAUCACGGUUGUAUUUAGGUACUUGGGGCGCGGAUAGUGUUGUAAAUAGUUAAAGAUUUCAUUAAAAUCAAUAAUUAUUUUUAUUGUGUAAUAUUCACUAACAGGUUAGUUGUUUAUUUUAAAGUGAAUUUCAAAUGUUAGGGUAAAAUAGGUCAAUUGAAAAAUUAAAUUACCUGUGAUUUCAGUUUGACUAUUUUAGCUUACAAUUUAAAUCUGUCUCUGAGUUCCCAUGGGCCAGUAAUGCCCUGGGCACACCUGCUCACACAGGCAUGUGUAGAAUUGUGAUUUAUAGUGUAAAAGGAUGCCCCAGCAUGCACUAAAGUGAAAAUUCAAGGUAAGUGAAUUUCAAAUUUCAGGUCAAAAUAGUCGAACUGAAAGAUUUCUCUGUCAGUUAUGCAUUCCAGUCAUCUACUCUAGCCUUAAAGGACCACUAUAGUGCCAAGAAAACAUACUUGUUUUCCUGGCACUAUAGUGCCCUGAAGGUGCCCCCACCCUCAGGGUCCCCCUCCCGCCAGGCUCUCGGGUUAAACUUACCUCUUUCUCCAGCACCGGGCGGGAAAUCUCCUCCUCUCCUCCUCUUCGGCUGAAUGCGCAUGUGCGGCAGGAGCUGCGCGCGCAUUCAGCCAGUCCAUAGGAAAGCAUUCACAAUGCUUUCCUAUGGACGCUGGCGUCUUCUCACUGUGAAAAUCACAGUGAGAAGCGCGGAAGCCCUCUAGCGGCUGUCAAUGAGAGAGCCACUAGAGGCUGGAUUAACCCAUUUAUAAACAUAGCAGUUUCUCUGAAACUGCUAUGUUUAUAAAAAAAAGGGUUAACCCUAGAAGGACCUGGCACCCAGACCACCUCAUUAAGCUGAAGUGGUCUGAGUGCCUAUAGUGGUCCUUUAAAUUUGAAAUUCAUCUUGAAUUCUUAUGUUAGUGUAAACAGGUUGAAUUAAAUUUGUCAAAAUUAGGUAAGAGUAAAGAAAACAUUACAUUGGUGUUUUUUUUUUUUUUUUUAAGAAUACAUGGCUAACUUUUUGUUAACUGCUGUGUUGAAUAAUCUGGCAUGUAGCAGCACCCUUCUGUCUCCACUUUCUGAAAAGUGGACAUUUUCACAAAACCUAGUACACCCUCUGUUGCAUUUUAAUAAUAUUUUACGAACUUCUGGCAGUCAGUGAACUGCAGUUAAGAACCAAUCUGAGAAUUCUAUCUUGGUAAAUUGGAUGUUCCUAUUUGCCUGUCAUUUACAAAUGCAUGCUAGUCGAAUGUAAUCGCAUUUAGCCCGAAACACCUGAAUAUGUUUGUAUUUUUAGAAGUAUUCCUUUCCCAGUUCCUUUCUCUAAUUCUUUUUAUUUUUUUAAUUUUAUUGUAGACACUACAGAAUAAAAGCUCAACAUGGAUUUGUACGAUCCUCAGACUUUAGGAGUAAUGGUGUUUGGUGGUUUCAUGGUUAUAUCAGCCAUUGGAAUUUUCCUGGUGUCUACAUUUUCAAUGAAGGAGACAUCGUAUGAAGAAGCUUUGGCCAAACAACGCAGAGAACAAGAGAAGGGCCAACAACCCAAAGUGGACAAGAAGAAGAGCAAAGUCAUCGAGAAGAAGGGAAAAUCCAAAAAGAAGGACGAGAAACCAAAUGGUAAACUCCCCGAAUACGAACAUUCUCAGGACAGCGACGAGCAGCAAAAAAAUGACCCCGAACCUGUGGUAGUGGUAUCAACUAAGGUACCAGUGCGUCAAGUGCCUGUUACUGCCGCUGUGACUCCCGCCCCAGAAAAAACACCCUCUCCUAAAGAUAAAAAGAAGACUGAAGUUCCAGUUAUAUCUACUACGAUUCCGGCUGUAGAAAAAGGAGCUCCUCCUUCAAAAGACAAGAAGAAGAAUGAAGUGCCUGUGACAAAGACUGCGACUCAAGCUCCUGAAAAAUCGGUGCCUUCUACUAAAGACAAAAAGAAGAACGAAGCACCUGCCGCGUCUGUCGUAGCUCCAGUGGUUGGAAAGGCUGUACCUUCUACCAAGGACAAAAAAAAGAAUGAAGUGCCUGUUACACCUGCUGUUGCCCCAGCUCCAGAAAAGGCCGCACCUUCUCCUAAAGACAAAAAAAAGAAUGAAGUGCUUGUUACACCUGCUGUUGCACCAGCUCCAGAAAAAACAGCACCUUCUCCUAAAGACAAAAAGAAAAAGCAGGAGAAGAAAGUGCAGAAGGUGGAACCAUCUCCAAGCCCAGCAGUGGCUCUAGCACAGGCUACUGUUCCUAAGCAAGCUGCAGUUUUCGAGGUCGUGACCAAGGAAGUGCCUGCGGUUGCUGUUCCCCCUGUGGGAUCGAGGCCAAGCCCACCAGUCACCAACUCGUUGCCUCCUAAAAAAGCUGAAACUGUUGUAAACCAUGAAGAAGCACCGAAGAAGAAGAAUGCAUCUAAGAAAAAAUCUGAAGCAGGUAUACAGUUUAUUUAACAAAUUCAAAUGCUGUUUUAUAUUUAUAAAAACUAGGAAUGUACACUGGAUUUAAACCUGUCCAUAUAAUACUUUCUUACAGCACAGGCAAGUAGUCAAAACCCAGUACAGUAUUUAAAAAUAAUAAACAAACAGCCCUGCACUGAGUAUCAUGGAAGUUUUUCAUUUUUAUUACAGCUAAGGAUAUGCUUAUCCUGUUCAAGGCUCCCCUUGGGUAAUGUGGGUUCCAAGCCAGGUAUAUUGGGUUUACAUGGGAGGUAUGGAGAGACUAGGGCUAUGUCCCUCUUUUACAAAGACGAUGAGGCAUGAAUGGUUGAUCAGCUGCUGGUUGCUUAAUCAUUCAGUGGACAUGUCUCCACCCAUGAUAGUCCUCCUGAUAACUCUAUGGCGAGUCAUACUGACCCCCAUGUGCUCUUUAUUUUAACUUUUUUCAGUAGCAACUUGCCAGCUUCCACACCCACUAGCCAUCAUAUUACCAAGGGUUUUUAAUUAUGUGUCCACUGGAUGCUAGAUGCCAGUAGGCAAAUACUUCGCAUGAAGCAGGUUAAUCGGUUUUCAGAAUUUAGUUAUCAGUAAAUCUCCAAAUCCUAUACUUUUGUAUAGGAUUUGUACAGGAGAAAAACAGGCUGAUUUUAAACCAGACAUCGGAUUGUAUUGAAAGAGAUGGUCCCAUUCAGUUAAAAUUCCUCACUUUCAAGUGGAUAUGCCUUUAGUAAAUAUGAGAAUUGCCACAUUCUGCCCUUAGUGAAUAAUGUUCAUACUAUUUCAUCAAUGGUACAUUGGGCAAAAGGCAAGUGAAGAUUCAGUUACUAGUUAAUUCAAUUAGUGUUCUCUCUUGCCAAUGAAUGAUUUCUCCUUCGUAAUUUGCUGUAGUUUCUUUGGAAAAUGUGUAAAUGGUUGGUUAUAACCAAGAUCCAGAUCAAUGUGAGUAUUUCCAGACAAAGUGUAACUGAGGUUACAAAAACUACAACGUGUACAAAGAUGGUUUUUAAAAAUAUUAUUUUUUAUUAUUUUUUAACACCCCAAACUAAAUCUAACUAAAUCAAAUAUGCAUAACACGUCGACACAGAACAAGUGUUUAUAUUUUUAUUGCAUGUAUAAUAUAUACUGUUUCAAAUGUAAAAACAUAGUUACACAAGUUCAUGGAAGAAUUAUUCCCCCCAGCAACAAACUAAAAUUAUUUACAGUACAACACACCAGCCAAAUCGCACACAAAGUGUAUCACAUUUUUGCUAGACAUAUGGGUUUUAGUGCAUUAUUUGUUAGAUGUAAAGACAAUAAUGCAUAUUUCUAUUUAAUGCAAUAUCUUUAAGCUACAAAAUAAUAAUAAAAAAAACACACAAACAAAAACAAAGACUCACAUUAUUGUGUGUGUAGACCUACAUGUAAUUUUAGUGUAAGGUGUAUGGAUUUCUUAUGGUUUGCGAUGAAAAGUUGCCGUGAGAUCUAAAAUUGUGUUUCCUUGUGUAUCCUGCAUCAUGUGGAUCAGUAGCGGAUUACUUCAAAGCCAGUGUUUUUCUUCAGUUUAAAUUCUUAAAGGCAACUUUACUUUGUACUUUGUACAUUUAUUUUUUGAAUAAUCUGAUGUCCUUUGAUGAUAAAAAUCCUCGUAGUCCCUAUUUUUGGCACAGGUGUCUUUGGUCAAAUAGAAAUUUUUUUACUGUACCUGUGGAACACAUUCUGAGUUGAUUCACUGCCCAGACAUUUUACAUUGUUAAGUGUUUGCAAGAGCCUAGUCAGCCAGGGCACAGACUAUAUUAAAGCACCUCUGCUUGUGCUACCUGUACCUUUUUGGGGCCUAUGCGCAGUCAUUCAUGUAUGCAGAUGGGUUGGUGGGUAAUCUUUAUGGUACCAGGAAGUUUUGAUGUAAAAAUAAAGUCAAAUAAUUUUUUUUUUUCCCUUGGGAAAGAUAUCAUGAUUCCGAAACAGGCUACUUUCAGAGCUCUAACUGCUAUACAACUCCCAUGAAAAUUAACCAUUCUUUAAGAGCUGUGCAACUCCCAUGAGGCUGCAACGGUUGGGGGGGGGAUAUACAUUCUGGACAGCCCAGGUCUGGAUGUAUUGCCCAAGCCAGCACACGGCCAGCACACAGCUACUGUGCUCUGCUGCGGUCAUGUUGGCUGGCUUUGCAUCAUGGGUGUGGUGAGCUGCGGAUGGCUUACCUUUCAGAUUGCUUCUUUCAUAGAAGAGCCGUGUUGUGUCAUGGGGCUACUGAUAAAUGUUGUUUCCUUUUUCCAUCAAACUGAUUCUCCCAGCACUGUCCUUUUCCAAAGGCUAACGUUUUAAUCAUCAGUUUAACCUCUUCACUUUCAUUGUGGUUUUAUCACGUUUAGACCAUUUCCAGUUAUUGGUGGCUAUGAAGAUAUGUGGUUUUUAUUUGUUUUUUGUUUUUUGAAGAUCUACUGUUGUUUCUUUCAACCUUAUAGUGCAGUCAUGUUCGUUUUAUUCAUUCAUUAGUGUGAUAGAGUAGAACUGAAUUUCAUUAAAAUAAAUGAGAUUCAUUUAGCUGUCUGUCUGAAGGCUUGGAAAUGACAGACUCACAAUUUAAAAGUCCUUUUUACUGCAGGCGUUAAAGCUUUUGUGUGGUUAGAUUUUCUGAAAUGCUUUAAUCUCUCUCCAUUUGUCUCUUGAUGUUGCCCUCCUUUCUCUGUCACCCAAGCAUUAAGUCUUAAGCUAGAAUGUUACCUCCCUGCAACACAAAUUUCCUGCCCCUUUGACAUUGUUGUCCCUGUGAUCUCGGCUUAUAUUAUUUGUUAUAGAGCUGUUGCUAAGUGGCACAAUAAUCAGGGACUUCAUCCCAAGGGUAAAUUCUAUGGUUUCCCCCACAUAUGUUGACUUAAGCCCCUUCCAAAAACUCUACCCUAUGCCACACCUUAUGUCCAGUCCUAUACCAUAAUAUGUUCUAUAAAUCAAAUUAUGACUGGAUCUUUGUAUUAACUUAGACUAUAAUAUAAACCUAAGAAAAAGUUACAUGCGCUCUCUCAUAAAUCCCUAUGUAUUUUUAAACAAAUGGAGGUCAUUUAGUUACUCCUAUAGCCAUUGGAGGGAAUGCCCGUCUGCCAACGUCAAGGCAGACCCCCCCCCCAGGCGUAUCCUACACUAACCAUUCACCUUGCUUCCUUGAGCUUCUGGCAAAGAUAUCUCUAAUGAGACAGAGAGGGGUAUUUUUAUAUACACCCCUAUAUACUUAUUAACCCUUAAUAGGGAACACAUGGGAUGGGUGGCAGCAUUGUAAAAUAGCUGUGUCAUAGAAAAAGUGAAUACAAAUACAAAAAAAAAAAAGUCCUGCGCUGACUCCCGUUACUCCUGGGUGGCAGCAAUGACCACAGUACACAUCAGCCCCAAUACAUACAGUAAAAACCAAAUAAAAAGUUACCUGCGCUCUCUCCUAAAUCCCUAUGUAUAAUUAAACAAAUGGAGGUCAUUUAGUUACUCCAAUGGCCAUUGGAGGGAAUGCCCGCCUACCAACGUCAAGGCAGUCCCCCUUAGGUGAGACCUACACUGACCUUUCACCUUGCUUCCUUGAGCUUCUGGCAAAUGUACCUCUAAUAAGACAGAGAGGGGUAUUUUUUAUAUACACCCCUAUAUACUUAGUGUUUCCUAUUAAGUAUCACCUCUGCAUCCCCAGCAUUAACCCCAAGCUUGCAGCAUUAAAAAUUCACCCACUGAAUUAAAAACCUGCACCCACAGUAAUAGUUGCAUGUUGUGCUGUAUAAGUAAUUCCGAAUAUGGUGCAUUAAAGUGGCAAUAUCACAAAUGAUGUAACUGGAGGUGUUAUUUCUCUCUCGUUGCUACAGAAACCUUGGGACUAACAAUGAAAAGGUGUUAAAUCAGACUGUGUACUUUUUGGGACCUCACUUGAGACUCCAGACAGAUUUAGUACCUAUCCACACAGCAAGGCCACUGCUAGCCUGCACAUUUCCUUAAGGUGUGCAUCAAAAGAAUAUUUUAAAAUAUAUACAUAUAUUUUUUUUUCAAAUUAAGUCUGUUGAAUGGAAUAAAUGUUAAUCCUUUAUAUAAAAUAUAAUCUAAUUUAACACUUUUACCAUAGUAUAAAUUAAACACAAAAAACACAUUAGUUAUUGUAGUUUUAAGCACUGGAUACAGCCAGUUUUGUGAUCAUUUUCAUCACCCAGAUUAUGGUCCAACUCAAAGUAUCUCAAAUGUUUGGUAGGGACCUAAAAAGAAUUGGUGUAAAAAUGACAACUUGUCAAACCCUUGUUUUGGGUCUGUAUUUUUUAUGCACAGCACACCCCUUGCACAUUGCUAUUAAAUGCAUUUCUAAAUGGGUUUAGAUAUAUUAUACACUAAUAAAUAAACACGGCCACUGUAUUUCAUUUGCACAACCUCCUCCAAAUGCACAUAAUGCAAGUUUUAUUAUUUUGAAUUACAUUGAAACCAUAUGGUUUUUAGCUCCUAGAAAAGAAAGAAAGAAGGACAGGGAAAUUUAGGCCUCCAAAUAUUUUUUUAAAAUUUUUUUUUUGGAAUUCCAAAAUAUGCACCAAUAAAAGUUAUGACCUCUCACCAUUUACUUCUUUUCCUUUAUAACCCUUUCUGUCUUUCCUGGUAGUGUGUCUCUCUGGGAGAACACGUAGCGAAUGAAUUGCGGCAGUGUGAUUUGUUUGAAUGUCAUUCAGUAGAAGGUUCAUUGCUGGUGGCUCUAAUUACAGUCCAGAGACAAUAUAUGGAACACAUUAACAUUCUUGAUAUUCAGGAAACUGUACCCUUUUGCUUUCUAGGGACAAGGCAGAUAUAGUCAUAGCACAGCAGAAGUGAAUAAGUCAUUUUAUUGAAACCGUACAAUUUUAAUUUAUUGUAGCUUACCUUAGACAGGUGUGUCUGUCUUUAUAAGUAUUUGUGUGUGUGUAUAAAUGUACUCUUUAGGUUAGUAUACAUUUUAUAUAACCAUUUUAUUCAAAUGUUGUUGUUGUUGCUAAUGUCUUCUGCAAUGUAAUAAUGAAGUAUGAUUUGCAUGCUGUAGCCAGUCAGUCUCAUAUUGUAAUAUAUCACAAACUUGUUUUUGUAAACACUUAUUUUGAAGUUAAUUUAACCCUUUCAAUAAAAAUGGGUUAGCCACAUCCUUUUAGAUGAUUAUCAUUCUGAAUAGAAUGUGUACAUUUAUUUAAGGGUUUCCAGAACACUUUACGUUAUAACAAUUAAUCAUAGGGAAGAAUCACAAACAGAAGGAUGUACACUACAUGGUCAAAAUUAUUGAGACACACCUUAGUUAUUGAAUUCAGGUUUCAAUCAGACCCAUUGCCACAGGUGUGUAAAAUCAAGCAGCUAGCCAUGCAGUCUGCAUUUACAAACAUUUUUGAAAAUAAUGGUCCGUUCUGAAGAGCUCAGUGAAUUAAAGUGUGGUACUGUAAUAGGAUGCCACAUUUGCAAUAAGUCAGUUGGUAAACUUUCAUCCAUGCUAGUUAUUCCACGGUCAACUGCAGGGCCGGACUGGGAAGAAAAUUCGGCCCGGGCAUUUUUUAAUUACAGCGGCCCACUAAAAAGGGGGCGGGGCCAGAUAGGGUGUGUUUUGUCAUCACCAAUGACAAGCACGCCCCAUCACAAAGUGAGCAUGUUGGUUCAAUGCUCUUCCAGGGUAGACCAUGCGCAGAGCUCUGCUGAAGAGCUCUGGCAUGAGAAAAAUACCCUGUAUUUGUUCUGCACAGCGCAAGCAAAUUUAAUAACAUGCUUGCACUGUGUUUGCUUGAAAUUUGUCUCUGGUGUCUCCAUAGUUGGGAUACCAGGAGACAAAAAUGCCAGGAAAGCAUAUUGCGCAGUGUGUGUGAGGGUGCUCUGUGUGUGUGUGUGUGUGUGUGUGUAAGGGGUGUAGUGUGUGUGUGAGUGAUGGGUGCUGCGUUUGCGUGAGGGUGCUAUGUGGGUAAGGGUGCUGUGUGUGUGAUGGGUGCAGUGUGUGUGUGCUGUGUGUGAGUGGGUGCUGUGUUUGCAUGAGGGUGCUAUGUGCAUGUGAGGAAGCUGUGUGUGAGGGUGCAGUGUAUGCAUGUGAGGAAGCUGUGAGUGUCAGGGGUGCAGUGUGUGUAAGUGAGGGUGUGUGAUGUGCGUGUCAGGGGUGCAGUGUGUGUGUGAGGGUGCUGUGAGUGUCAGGGGUGCAGUGUGUGUGCUGUGCGUGUCAGGGGUGCAAUGUGUGUGUGUGAGGGUGCUGUGAGUGUUAGGGGUGCAUUUUGUGUGUGCUGUGAGUGUCAGACGUGUAGUGUGUGAGUGAGGGUGCUGUGAGUGUCAGGGGUGCAGUGCGUGUCAGGGGUGCAGUGUGUGUGUGUGAGGGUGCUGUGAGUGUCAAGGGUGCAGUGUGUGUGCUGUGUGUGUCAGGGGUGCAGUGUGUGUGUGUGAGGGUGCUGUGAGUGUCAGGGGUGCUGUGUGUGUGUGAGGGUGCGGUGAGUGUUAGAGGUGCAUUUUGUUUGUGCUGUGUCAGACGCGCAGUGUGUGUGAGGGUGCUGAGAGUGUCAGGGGUGCAGUGUGUGUGCUGUGUGUGUCAGGGGUGCACUGUGUGAGGGUGCUCUGAGUGUUAGGGGUGCAUUUUGUUUGUGCUGUGUCAGAUGUGCAGUGUGUGUGUGAGGGUGCUGUGCGUGUCAGGGGUGCAGUGUGUGUGUGAGGGUGCUGUGAGUGUCAGACGUGCAGUGUGUGUGCUGUGAGGGUCAGACGUGCAGUGUGUGUGUGAGGGUGCUGUGCGUGUCAGGGGUGCAGUGAGUGUCAGGGGUGCAGUGUGUGAGGGUGCUGUGCGUGUCAGGGGUGCAGUGUGUGAGGGUGCUGUGCGUGUCAGGGGUGCAGUAUGUGUGAGUGUCAGGGUGCAGUGUGUGUGAGUGUCAGGGGUGCAGUGUGUGUGUGUGAGUGUCAGGGGUCAGUGUGUGUGAGUGUCAGGGGUGCAGUGUGUGUGUGAGUGUCAGGGGUGCAGUGUGUGUGGUGUGUGAGUGUCAGGGGUGCAGUGUGUGUGUGUGAGUGUCAGGGGUGCUGGGAGUGUUAUGUGCCCUGCUGAUAUCCCCCCUCCCUGCUUACCUUAUGCCUGGGAGGGGGGAUCCUGCUACUCCUGCCGCCAUCCAUCCCUGGUGGUCCAAGUGGUGAGUGAACUCUAGCCUGUUGGGCUAGAGUUCACUCUCGCGAGACCCGGAGCGUUGCCAUGGCAACGCUCCGAAUCUCGCGAGAGGAACCCGGCGGAGCUGUAAGUUAAAGCUCCGCCGGGGUUCCUCUCCUGGCAGGCUGGCUCCCUCCCUCUCUCCCCCGGCGGCCGCAGUAUUCUCUAUGUGGGCCGGUGAGGGAGAUCUCUGAUCUCCCCACCGGCCCGCUGUAGACUACUGCAGGGCCGGCGUUCAGAUAGCGCCGGCCCUGCAAAGACCGGCAGGAGAGAUCCUGUGAUCUCCCUGCCGGCCUCGGCCCCACGGCCACCGCGGCCCACCGGGCAUUUGCCCGGUGUGCCCGAUGGCCAGUCCGGGCCUGGUCAACUGUAAGUGGUGUUACUGGAAAGGCAAGUGUUUAGGAAGAACAGCAACUCUGCCACGAAGCGAAGACCACGUAAAGUCACAGAAUGGUGCAAUCGAGAACGGAGACUGAUGGUGCUUAAAGGUCACGUUAAAUCCAUAGCGGAAGGGUUCCAAACUUUCAGUGGCAUUAAUAUCCGCACAAUACUGUGCGGUGGGAGCUUCAUGGAAUGGGUUUCCAUGGCCGAGCAGCUGCAUGCAAGACUCACAUCAUUUGGAUUUGGCGGAUGCCAGUAAAAUGUUGCCUGACUGCCUGUUAGUUAUUUUUUAUAUGUAAUAUUUCCUGGUUUUGCUGUACAAAGCAGUGUAUGAGAUUUUAUGUGUUUGGCAGAGAACGAAACGUGUGUUUGAAUAUGUAAAAACAUCUCCUGCCUUUAUCAGAAAGCUGUGUAACAAGAGAUCUUGAUUGUUCCAUAUCCAACGUAGCAAUUACCUAGCAACUGUUUACAUGGCUGAAUUUCUCCCUACGAUAAAGUUCGGUUUCUAAGUUGCCUGGUCAGCUAAAGUUAAUCCUAACUAGUCAAAACAUUCAUCGGAACAAACCAGAAGUAAGACUGAAUUUGCUUGUUCAGGUUUUAGGUUUCAUCACCUGGAUAAAGGCUGAGUAAAUAAUUUUCUUACUAAGUUCCACACUGUUUAAUAAGAGGCUAAACAAGCAUUUUUAUGUCUAGGAAACCAGAUGUUAAUAGAAUUUAAAUAUAGCUCCCGGUACUAGAAUUACCUACAGCACGCACCAAAUGACACAUUUUCAGUGCGUACACAGUCAUUCACAGGAAAAAUAUAUUUAAAGAUUCCUUCAUACCCUAAUAAAAGACUUGUCUGUUGAACUAAACAAUGGCCCAUAGAAUGAAGUGUCUCUGUAACAACUGGAAAAACACCUUUACAUUACCACCAGAGAUUAUAAACUCUAGAUAUUAACAUGUUUAAAUUGGUUCAGGACUCCAUAAAAUGUUUUAAUAAAACACUAUUGCUAUAUAGAGUUGCAAUUUCCUAGGAUAAGGAGAGAUUUACCAGAAUCCAUCUGACUUCCUAUUGUCUGCCCAUUUUUAAUCUAUUUUAACAUGUUUUAUAACUGGUGCAAAUAACCGUAUUUAAUAUUCACGAUAAUAAGUAUUUAUCAUUCUCCUUGUAUGCGUUUUUUGUGACUCGUGCAUUUUGCAGAACGCAACUUAAAACCAUGUGAGUUAAUUGCACCAACGUCUUAUUCCAAAUCCAUCGAUAAACCGGAAAUGUCACAAAGCCUUCGAGUGCCCUAGUGUGUGGCUUUAGAACUCCUAGAGAUCAAUGAAACCAAUUAGGACUCAUGUAGUUUUCACAUUAAAGGACCACUAUAGUGCCAGGAAAACGUGCCCCCACCCUCAGGGACCCCCUCCCGCCGGGCUGGAUGGCGAGGAAAGGGGUUAAACUUACCUUUAUUCCAGCGCCGGGAGGGGAGCUCUCCUCCUUCUCUCCGCCUCCGAUCCUCCUCUUCGGCUGAAUGCGCAUGCGCGGCAGGAGCUGCGCGCGUAUUCAGCCGGUCUCAUAGGAAAGCACAGUGAUAAGCACGCAAACGCCUCUAGCGGCUCUCUAUGAGACAGCCACUAGAGGCUUUAGAGGCUGGAUUAACCCAUUUCUCUGAAACUGCUAUGUUAAUAAAAAAAAAGGGUUAACCCUAGCUGGACCUGGCACCCAGACCACUUCAUUAAGCUGAAGUGGUCUGGGUGCCUAGAGUGGUCCUUUAAUGGAAUCUCCUGUUGCUGUGCAGCUGUGUAAAGGUCUUCUCAUUCAUUCCUAGGAAGAUACAUUGGUACAGAAAGUGCACAUAUGCAGUGUUAAUUGCAUUUAUUUAAAGGUGGAUGCCAGGUUUAUUUAAAACGGUACUUGACAGAGUUCUCCAGAUUCUAAGAGCCAGGGUCCAAAUUCAGGCACCAGACAAAAUUACAAUUUUUCCAGCUGUUGUGUUUGCACAGCUAAGGACAUGCAAUGUGUUCUAGCAUUGUACCUUCACAUUGCUUCAGUACUAUGCAGAACAGAGCUGGGGUAGGACUUUAAUGGACCCAUUGCGCCAGUUUAGGCCCCAGUUCUGUCUCUGCCAGCUGAGCACAUAUACACAGCCUGUAGCUAAGGUAGCAAGUCUGAAAAAGAAUAUGAAAUCUAGAAAGUUAUUUCCUAGGUUCAGGACACAGCUGUUUGUUCUGAGAAAACCAAAUUCUAGGUGCCAAGUCCAAUUCCUGGUUGACAUAUUAUGGCCAAUUCAUGGAAAUGCUUUGCAUUAUGGAACCUGAGGAUACCCUAGCAGAAAUGAAUGCUGACCCAGAACCCCUGAUCUUCUACCAGCCAGUGCUAUUCAAAUAGAUGCAAUAUUUAUAGCAAGCUAAUCAAGGACCUCCAACCGAACCCUCCUGGCUCUUUCAAAUACAUAUAUAAAGGGCUGUCUAAACCUAUAAUCUUAAAUAUCCCUUGGUUUAUAAUAAAAAAAAUCAGCCCCUGUCUGGUACAUUAACCCUUUACCUAGGUCUGCAAUAAAGUUUACUAGUGAGGUUAUGUUACACAUUGAAGGAAUUGUUAGGUAGCUUACACCCUGGUUUCUCAACCUGUGGUAUAUAUACCCCAGGUGGUAUGCCCAUCAAACGCAAGGAGCAGAUGGAGCUCCAGCUCAAAAUAGUCCUAGGUUGGCCCUGCCAGAUUGCAAGCUGUGCGCAGAGGUGGGUGUCUAAUUAGGCAUACUCCAACAGAUGCCAUACUUGCCAAAUUUGAUAGCCUCCUCGCCUCUGGGUGACAGGUGCAUGCAUUGCCCCAUUCCAAGCUCUCCCUGCCAGUCUAUGGCGCAAUGACAUCCUCUUCUGUGGCCACCCACGUGUUGGGUCCAGGGAGGUUGAGAACCCACCUUGGCUUGUUUUAGAUGUGACGGGAAGGGCUCAGCUUUCCGCCUGCCAGGCAAUAUUCGCAGAUACAGGGGCUAAUUGAGUUCAGGGUGUCUAAAAUCAACAAAUCUAUAGCAAAUUAGAAAUUUGGAGCUGGUGUAAAUAAAUAUAAUUUACUCAAAUUGUAACAGGUGUAGGAGAGUUGGUUUACUGCAGAUGGUAUCCACAGCACACACUAGUGCUUUUUGACAUAUCCUGUUAUUGAAUUUUGACCAUAAUUGAGGCAUCAUAAGGUAGCUUGAGCGUUAGUGAUACAAUGUAGGUCUUGUACAAGGUACCCAUUACCUGUGCAUGAACACCAAGUAACCAAGAAAUCAAGGAUUUGUUUAUUUUCCAAUACAUAAAAAAUGAGGUUCUGUUUUCAGAUUUAGUCUUCCAUAUUUUGCCCCAAAGCUAUAGGUUUUUUGUGUUGGUGUCUGUGUGUGUGCUUGCCCUCUCUUUUGUGACCUUCAUACUUCAGAUUAAUAAUUCAUAUUUUGUACUAUCUUUAAUCAGGCUUGUUCUCCAAUAUGGGAUUAAUUUAAAUAUGUGCAUGUUCAUUUGGAAACAACAUCAAUAGAAAUUACAUUCUCAAGGCAGGGGGAAUUCUCCGUAAACGAUUGGGAAAUAGUGGUUGACCCUACAAUUUCAUAUACCCCAGUUAAGAAUGGCUGUAGACAUCUGUUCCAACUUAACAAGUUAUCCUGGUAGCCAAAGCAGGCUUUUGCAAUAGGGUAGAGUGAAAGCAGGUGAUCAUAAUGUUUCAUAUAUUUUUUUAGCUUGUUUUCUUGCAGAAUAAGAGCGUGCAAUCGCAGACUUUCUUCAAAGCUUUUUCUUAGAGGUUGCGUUAAACAUUAGAUAGUGCCAGCAUAUACCUAAGCCUUAUACAACUGUACAGUAAGGAUACACUACCUCAAAGAAUUGUCAAGAUAAAAUAAAGUUGACAGACUCACUAGGUGAUGAGGGCUCUGCUAAAAUCAGCAUACUACCGAAUUAAAAAUACUACUAAUAAAUGUUACAGAUCUACAUUAAUACUGUGUGGGGAAGAAUUGGAACCUUGUACAAUGAUUGCUACUGCAUUCGAUGUAAACAAGAGAGUACAAUGUUGCCAAGCAUCCCCAAUGAUUAAGAGAACACUACGUAACUGUCUAUCAUUCGUUAUUAUUUUUUAGUAAUUAAUGAAUUGGAUGGAGCGAUCUACCUUCCCUACAAGACCCUGGUUUCUACUAUAAGCAGCAUGGCGUUCAGUGAAGGUGAAGCUCAAAAGCUCAUCGAGAUUCUGACUGAGAAGAAUGGCACCAAGCAGGGUACCUGGCACACGGUAAUAUUCUAUUUUCUGUUGAAUGUGAUAUUUUCAUAAACAAAACUAAUGUUGCUGAUGUCCUUAACCCAGGUUUGUAUGGUGAAUACCAAUUUAUGUUAAUUAAUCUGCUUUUAAAUUACAGGUUAAAACCAUGAUAGAUACAUUUUAGUACUCAAAAUUCAGCUCCACACUCGCCAUGUAAUUCCUAUGUAUCUUUCUUCUGCUUUUUAUUUAUUUUAUUUUUUUUUACUUUUAAAUUGUCUGACUGCAGAGUUGGCUGUGAAUCAUACACUACAUCUUUAUAGCAGAUGUACAGUACUUAAAGGGACACUAUAGUUACCAGAGCCAUUACAGCUUAAUGUAGUGGUUCUGGGGUCCCUAGCGUGUCCUUGCAGAUUGAGCACUGUAAACAAUGACUUUAUAGAGAAAAGAUAGUGCUUACAUUGUUUCCUAGGAACACCUCUAGGUACAGUCACUCAGACAUGGAGGUGCUGAAGGUUCCCCCAUAGAGAUGUAUUGGUUCAAUGCAUCUCUAUGAGGAGAUGCCAAUUGAUGCAGAGUGACGCAUGCGCAAUUGCCUCCCAAUGCUUUCCUGUGAUCUCAGCAAUAGAGGGUCCAGCCACUAUGGUACUGGCACAGCAUGGGAGAAAAGGUGAGUAAUAUCACGUUUUUACUGCAAUACGAGUGGGGCAGGUAACCUAGAUGGAAAUGUUUGUAUCCUGACACUAUAGUGUUCCUUUAGGUAAGGUGUACAGAAUGCACCUCUGUAUAAUAAUAAACUAAGUAUUUGAAAAUAGUAUGUUACAAUGGCCUUGAUUUUAAUAUUUUUUUUGGAAAUGUUUUUAAAAUCAUUUAAUAUUUUUUAUAUUUUUUUGAUAUGUUGAAUUUUUUUUUAUACGUUAACUGUGGUAUAUUUUUUGCUAUUUUAACAGUUAAAAAAUAUAAAUAAUUUGAAAAGUUUAGCCAAAAAUAUUAAAUCUUUUGAAAAGCUUAUCCAAGAAAAUUAGACUGAGGCCAGUGUUUGCAAACCAUGUUGUCUAUGAAAAUAUUUGGUUACAUUUGUUUGUAAAUGGUGUUGUCUCUACAGUAGAAAGCUCUUGCAACCUGCAAAACAAAUAAAAUAAAUAAAUCUUCAUUGCUCAGAGCUCUCCCUAGCUGCUAAAAUGCAGUAAAAAAAUUGCCCUACACAAGUUAGUGUAGAUAUUGAGCAAUGGGGAGAAAUGUAGAGGGGCAGAGAGGAGGCCAUCACAGAGGAAUUAGUUUCAUGACUACCAGCGUUGGAGCCAACCAGACAUAAUGUCUGACUUUUUAAAGGGAUUAUCCAGUGCCAGGAAAACAUAUUUGUUUUCCUGGCACUGCAGGACCCUCUAGUGCCCCUCUCCCUCCCACCCCCCAUCCCAAGUUGCUGAAGGGGUUAAAACCCCUUCAGUGACUUAAUAGAGUCCAGCACCGAUGUCCUUUGGCACUGUGUCAGGCUCCAACUACUCUCCUCCCCCGCCGACGUCCCUAUGGGGAUUUCGGCGAUGCCGGAGGUCCUCACAUAGCGUGAGGACGUCCAGCGUCGUUUUAAAACACUUUUCGUGUUCUAUGAACACGGAAGUCUCUUCUAGUAGCUGUCUGAUAUACAGCCACUAGAGGAGGACUUAACCCUGCAAUGUAAAUAUUGCAGCUUAUGAAAACUGCAAUAAUUACACUUGCAGGGUUAAGGGUAGUGGGAGUUGGCACCCAGACCACUCCAAUGGGCAGAAGUUGUCUGGGUCCCUGGAGUAUCCCUUUAAGAUAGUUUGCUUGCGCUGUUUUUCAAUGCAAAAUAAAAAUUAACCUGCACAGAUCUAUUUUUAAGAGAAGGGGUUAAUAUUUCUAUAACAUACAUACUUAUGUAAAUAUGUCAUUUUUAUAAGCUGGAUAAAAAAAUACUGUCGUAGGUAACAAAUCCAAUUUUAAAUGUCAAUCAAAGUUAAUGAAAUCAAAUUCUCCUCUGAUCUUUAUUGCAGGCUACUCAAAAAGGAGACCCAGUUACAGCUCUGAAAAAGCAGUUGGAGGAGAAAGAAAAGCAAUUAUCAGCUGAACAAGAAGAUGCCGUGGCUGCUAAAAAUAGGCUACGGGAGCUGAACAAGGUAAAUGCCUCCACACGUGACACCCAACACCUGCUUCUCCUGCGUACUGGAACUGUAUUGGUGCAUAGAGAAUAGCUCACCUUGGAGGAAACUUUAUACCUGUGGUUCUAGAACAUUUUGGAGAACUUGCAUUUGCUAGUCUUCUAAAAGACUGCUAUAAUAAUGUAUGUUUGUCAGAAAAAGAAUUAGCCAUGAUAGUAUAGCUGUCUACUUUUUUUUUUCUUUUUCUUUUUCUUUUAAGACCAUAAUGGCUGAACUGGAAUAAUUCUCUAGAUUCACUUUGCUUACAGUUUGGCUACUUUGGCCUUGAAUUUGAAAUUCACUUUGCAUUGUCACUUUAGUGAAUAAUCCUGUAUCUUUUAUUUAUAUAAUGCCAGCAUAUUGCAAAGCCCCGUAAAGAUUGGGUAUGGGGAAGUAGACAGAUGCAGUAUACACCUCAUUUAUACACACAGAUACAAUAGAAGCACGCAGGAGAUUUUUAGACAUAUCGGUCACCAUGGAAUCUGGUAGGUAAUCUGAAGAAACAAACAAUAACAUGCAAUAUACUGGGAAAACACAUUGUUGCAAUCCCAGCUCUUGAGUGACAUAUUAGAGACUUCACUUAUUGACCAUUAUUGAUUUCAAAGAAAUAAAUAACAACGACUGAAUAAAGUAAAAGAAGAAAAUGUAUCGAAUUAAAUCUAGUGAAAGCAGUAACAAUUUGGAGUAAAAAAAAAAAGUAAAUUGUGGAAAAAUGGCACCACAUCUCAACUCUGAAUGAGUGCUGGAGAUACAGGGUGGGGAAUAAGUAGAUGAUAGACAUCUGUUGGAGCUGUCCCAGUAUCGCUUCGUUGUAGUCUAUUGUCCAUGCUGUUGUGUCUGAUAGACCUUCACUUUAAGACACACUUUUAGUGCGUGGACAAUUUUAGUGACAUCUAGUGGCAAGUAUAUUGUAUUGCAUUCCACUGGGAAAAAAAAAUAAUUAGAAAAGAUAGCUUUAAAAAUCCUUCAGGUUUUCAAACAAACUGAAGUUGGUGUUUUCCAGAAAUCUAGUGAUUAUUGUUACAUCCUUGCUUGUAAUUAAAUUUGCACUGCAUUACUGUGUUUCAAUAAUAUAUAUCUUCAAUAACCUCCUUGUUUCUCGUUAACACUUGCAAUAGUUUGUUUCUUAGUUAUUUUCCGCUAUUGCCACACACUCAAAAUCAUCGUUAUAAAUUGUCAUUGGGGGCUAUUUUUGAGAUGCAAAACUCUGUUAAUCUAAUGAAUUUUCAAUUUGUUAAUGUCCUAAAACGUAACAAAUAUUAAAAGACUUUUUUUAAAAACACUGUUCUCCGACUGCAAUGCACCUCAGUAUGUUAGUUUCCCCCCCCCCUUGAUUCCUGCUUAAGAAACUGGAAAACAAAAAAAACCACACAAACAAAUGAGUAGCCAGUCAGUAACAAAUGGGCAUGUCCCUGAUGGUUCCCCUUUAAUUUCUGCCUCUCUAAUACUGUAAUAGAUACAUCAUGUUGGCUGAAUGCAUGAUCCGUGUUGUUUCAGGAAUUGGCGACUGAAAAGACCAAAUUAACUGGUGUGGAAUCUAAACUCAAGGAGCAAAUAGUAUCACGAGACCAGGAGAUUGUUGCUCUGCAAGCCCGCAUGCAGGCCAGUUACACGGAACACGUGAAGGAAGCUCAACAGCUGCAAGGAAAGGUAAAGGCUAUUAUAUGAUUGUAUUCUUCGUAUAUAAAGACAUACUUUAAUCUAUGUGAAAUCUCAAUGCAUUUAUUUCUGGAAAAACUAUCUGGCAAGUAGACCUAAAUGUAUUCAUAUUUUUUUAAACAUAGACAUUCUCUCCUUUAUAUAUUAGAAAUCAGCUGAAAAUAAAAGUGCACAAGCCAGCUCCCAAUAGUGUAAUAAAAUUAAUACAUUUCAGAAUUAGCAGAUUAACAACACAGCACGAAAUCUAUACUCCCAAACAAGGUGCUGCUAUAUUACUGCUUAUGUUUUGAGGUGGAAAUGCUUCGAUUCUGAUGCAGUCUAUCUGUGCACAGGCAUUGUAACUUAUCAUAUCCUUGCAGGACAGUACAGGUGCCAAGUCUGGCAAUUUAUGUGAGUACAGAAGUUGAUUUGAGAAUUGCUUCCUUUUAGAUCAGCUGUUGUAGAACUACCACUCCCAUUUAGAAUACCUUUAGAACGAUAAAGCAUCAUGAAAGCUGUAGUUUUAGAACAUCUGGGGAUCUAACUUUUGGGCACCUCCGUCUUAUAUAGUCCAUAACUUGCUUAGUGAACAACCCCAAGAUAAGCACGGAUAACUUUGCCAACUGCUUACACAUUUGAGGAUGACCAUUCUUAUUUGUUCUGGAUAAAUAUUCAAGCCAUUUUGAUCUGAAGAUAAUCCAAUUAUUAAUAUAUUUAUUAUCGACAGUAAGCUGCAUACAUACUAUAAUAAGGCAUUUUCAUCUUUCUUAAUUAAGAAAAGAAACAUUAAAAACUCAACAUGACUAACUCCGUCUGCACUCCAGAUGUUUUGGACUACAUCUCCCAUAAUGCUCUUACACCCAUAAUGCUGGCAAAGCAUCAGGGAAGAUCUUGUCCACAAUAUGCGGGGUGCCAAAGGUUGUCUACCUCUGGGAUCCAUUGUCCACUAAUGUGUAAGAGCAUAUUGAAAUGAGAAGUUUAUGGCCCAAACAUCAGAAACCCAAGUACAGAUUGCUGGUGCACUUCAGUAUUCUAGUUUAUUUUAGAUCAGAUUAGAGUAAUGAAUUGCAGGUCUAAUUACUCACCUAGGGUAAAUUUUUAGGAUACCUUGAGCACUAUAGUUCAAUAGUUUUUUGAUGAUUCAUUAGUAGCUAUUGCUUUCAUGUUAUUUAGGUUUGAAGUCAAGAGGUUGCUUUUCAAGUUCCAGUUUUGCUUUAGUGUUUUUUUAAAAUGGGUUUUCUUUUGUUCUUACUCAGAUUCGGAACCUUCAAGAAGAAAUCGAGAAUGGACCCAAAGCACAGCUCGCUCGUCUGCAGCAGGAGAAUUCUAUCCUGAGGGAUGCUCUAAACCAAGCCACUAGCCAAACCGAGAGCAAGUAAGUAUUUAUUUUACUUAACAAAAGACAAGCAAACCACCCACCCUCCCCCCCCCAGCAAAAUUGCAUUUCUAAGAAAUUCAACAUCAAGGGAAUCUAUAACAAUAAUAAUAUAUCUACUUUUGUAUAAACCACCCUUUCCUCAUUGAAAUUAGUGAUACUACACAAUGGCACUCUAUGUGACCUAAACACUACGACUUUCUAUAUUGGCUAUAUUGUCAAUAGCUUUCGGUGCCAUUCCUCAAUUUUAUGUCAUUUGGGAACAGCUUGACAAACCCAGGGCACUCAGACAAUUCCCCCUCUUCAGUCACAUUGGGAAUGCCAAAUUAAUAUGACCGCAUUUAAAUUUGGUCCAACCUGUGCCCAAGUGGAUUAACCGAGCACUAUUAACCAACCAUGGUCGUCCACCAUAUUGUUUAUGCUAAAGUGUUAAUUCUUUAUUAUCAAUGUGUCUUUUUUUUUUUUUUUUUCUUGUUAAACCGCUUCUAAGUGGUCUGAUAUAAAGCUAGCUUUAAAACAGGACAAAAAAAGGCAGUUGCUCUGAGACUUAGGACUGCAGUUCUAAGUUAAAACGUUCAUAGUUUUGCAGUUAUGUGACUUCGUCUGUAAUAAUCAAGUUUGUGUCAUGUCUAUCUUGACAAGAUACUGUAUAAAUAGCUGCAAAUAUUGAAAAACUAAUAAUUUCCUGAUAACAAAUAAGAAAGUAAUAAUAACAUCCUACUAUAUGUGAACUAUCGCAUUAAGAAAUGCUUCUAACUAUGUCAAACUUUGUAUGUAUUGACUUGAGAUUUCUGCAUUCUAUUAAGCUACAAUGGAAAUGUACUCUAAUAACAUGAGAAUUUUGGGGGUUUAUUUACAGAAACUGAAAUUGUACAUAAAUGGUAAGGGGAUGUUCGUAAAAGAACCCUCUGAUAAUACAUUUAGGUGUUGGAAGAAUGCUUUAUGGACAUGGAAAUGUUUUAAACUAAAUUAAAAAAAAAUGUUUAGAUGAAUUACCUGGCCCAGUCUUAAAGUGAGGAGGUGAUAGUAUCUUUGUUUGAAGUUGUAUUGGAUCCUCCUCCUCCUCCGAUCCUCCUUCUCUCCUUCUCUCCUCCCAUUCGGCUGAAUGCGCACACGCGGCAAGAGCUGCGCGCGCAUUCAGCCGGUCUCAUAGGAAAGGAUUCAUAAUGCUUUCCUAUGGACGCUGGCGUGCUCUCACUGUGAAAAUCACAGUGAGAAGCACGCAAGCGCCUCUCGCGGCUGUCAAUGAGACAGCCGCUAGAGGAUUUGGAGGAUGGAUUAACCCAUUCAUAAACAUAGCAGUUUCUCUGAAACUGCUAUGUUUAUAAAAAAAAAGGGUUAAUCCUAGGGGGACCUGGCACCCAGACCACUUCAUUAAGCUGAAGUGGUCUGGGUGCCUAGAGUGGUCCUUUAAGUAGCACGCUUCAAUAUUCCUUGUUUCCUCAAGGAAGGAAUACAAGUUAUUUUGAUGGGUUCACAAACAUUCUCUCCUUGCUGUGAGUUUGUUUUUGCUUCUUUUUCUGCUGACUAUUGGCUGACAUAUAUUAUUGUGCUGAAAUACUGUGAAAAUACAUUUGCAAUCUCUCACACAGCAGUAACACUAUUUCACUUCUAGACAAAAUGCAGAGUUGGCCAAACUCCGUCAGGAAUGCAGCAAAUUGACUAAGGAACUUGGUGAAAAAUCGGACUCUCUGCAGCAAGAGGAACAACGCAGGAAGACAUUGGAUGUUAAAAUAGCCGGCUAUGAGAAGCAAGUCUCCCAGUUACAGGUAAUUCACAGGAAUGUCCUCCCUGCUUUUGCAUUCUGCACUUUAAAUAAAACUUAUUAGGUCAGCUCUUUGUAUAGGAUAAUAGAGACAGCUUUGUUGACAAAUUCUUUUAAAACUCAUUAUUGGGGACAUGAUGGUCAGAAAGGAAGAAUCAAAAUUUGGUACUUAUGCAAGUGACCAAAAGAGGGGCUAGAUAGUGUGCAAUGAAAGCACUUCUGUAUGGUCAAGAAUUGCGCUGCUGUCCUGCAGCUCUAGUGUCUGGAAUAGUGUAAUAAAGUUCCAAUACUUAUUGCAUGCUGUUUUUGGGUUUUCUCUCUGAUGUCUCUGGAUAUGGUACACCCAAGGUCCUAAAUGUGGUCUGUCCCAUCAGACCCAUGAGAGGUUGGUGGUGUAAAGCUUUACCAGUAGUGAUGUCCCGAACGGUUCGCCGCGGACUCAUCGUUGAGCAAACUUUGACCCUGUACCUCACAGUCAGCAGACACAUUCCAGUCAAUCAGCAGCAGACCCUCCCUUCCAGACCCUCCCACCUCCUGUAUAUCACAAAGUUCUCAAAUAGCUUGAUGAUAAAAAAAAAACCCUCCUGUGAGGUGGGAGGGUCUGGGAGGGAGGGUCUGCUGCUGAUUGACUGGAAUGUGUCUGCUGACUGUGAGGUACAGGGUCAAAGUUUGCUCAACGAUGAGUCCGCGACGAACCGUUCGGGACAUCUUUCGGAUUACCCAUUCCCCCCUGUGAGCCAUGGAAUGGAAAUCAGACAGAUCUUUGACCUACAUUUAGUCUUUAUCUUACUGAGUAUAAAGAAAUCCAUAGAUCAGACAUUCAGAUACUAUCCUAUAAUUCCAUACCUGAUUGAUUAAUGCCUCCUCCCAUCUUUCGGAUUGCCCAUUCCCCCCUCCACCCCCCCUCCUUUCUUUAUGUGGAUACUUAUACCCUCAGCCAUGGUUUGCAGGAAUGGUUCUAUGCUAGAGAUACAACUCAGAUUCUCGGAAUCCAAGGACAAUCACAUCUAGAAAAAAAAUCCCUCUUUUUUUUUUUUUAACUCAAAUUUAGCUUUUUUGCAAAUUUUGGAUUCUGAAUAGAGGACAUUCAAAACAAAUCUGCUUUGAAUUGCAGAUUACUCUUUAAUUUCCUUUGCAGCUUGUAAAAUGAGCAAACAUCUGCAGGUGAAAGGAUGGCAGAGGAAUAAAAACUCUUUGUUAAAAUGUCAGUAAUAUUCCAAUAUUCCAUGCCAUUUCACUUUCCUUGGAAAUAAAUACCUUUUCACAAUUGUGUUGCUAAAUGAUUUACCAUCAGACAUGAACCAGUACAUUUGUUUCCUUUGCCAGUGAAGAUGUUUACUUAUAAUGGAAUGUCAUUUUGGCAUGUUGUCUCCGGGUUUCUAUUGGCUACAGUAAUCCAGGGCAAGCAACCUGCGACACUCCAGAUGAUAUGGACUACAUCUCCCAUAAUGCUCUUACAGCAAUAAUACUGGCAAAGCAUCGGGGGGAUCUUGUCCACAAUAUGUGGAGUGCCGAAGGUUGUCUACCUCUGGGAUACAUUUUCACCACAAUGAGUAGGUAGCUAUCUACCCCAUAAACUGAAGGGAAAUAUAGCCAGCUGGCCAAGCAUUUUUCCAUCUGAUAUGAUCUGUGAAGAUGCCGGCAGAUAUGUAAUUCUUCAUAGUUUAUGGUUUUCAAUUUGUAAUAUUCUACAUUUAGAUAAGUAUAAAUAUAGAUUUAUUAUAUUGCUAAUAUCUACAGUUCUGUACAUCCCCCCCCCCCCUCCACCUGCAGAGUAUCCUUCAGAACACUUUAGCGUUUAGACAGCAUGCCGUUGUGUCACCACAAGCUAUGUAUAUGACUGACCUAUUAAUACUAGUGAUGACCUGUAUUCUUGCUCAUGUAGCCUAGAGGGGUAUGUGAUAUUCCUUACUGACAAUGCCUAACAAGGCUGAAAUGAUUGUCUGGGUUUGCUGUAUCACUUGUGCAGAGAAAGCCAGCCUGCGUUUUGGAUCUGGACUGCCCUUUUGGGUGGGGUCAGUCUGAAAUGCAUGUGGCUCUUGUUCUUUUUGUGAUGGCGCAAGAUUGGCUAAAACCACCUUUAGAUCCUAGCAGGGACCCACCAAUGGGAAAGCUGCGUGAGCUUGAGAGCUCAGUUCUCUCUUGCACCUUGUGGUUUUUUUUUUGUAUGCUGUAAAAAGAUCACGGGGCUAUGUAAACCUCAAGGAAUAUUUAUUCGACUGCUAAUACAUUUAUCUGUUGUGCUUUUUAUUUUGUUUUCUAGACGUUACAGCAGGAGAGUGAAGCCACUUUGCAGAAGCGAUUGGAUGAAGUGAAUGAGGAAUUGCGCAAGUCGCAGAGCAGUUAUAAAAGCUUACUGUCAGAUUCUGAUAAUGCCAAAGAACAACAGAAAUCUAUGGCAGGUGAGAAUCUGACCUGGAGGAACCAAAAAGAGAGCAAACAUGCCUGUACGGCAUCUUUUAGUUUGUGGUAGUGAGGAAUCUGGUUUAACCUAGUUAAUUUCAUUUACUUUGAAUUGAUCAUAUUUCUUGUGUUAGUCACAUAUUGUCACACGCCACUUCAUGACAUUUACAGUAUUUGCUUAGUAAUGAAAGUUAGUCUUCUAUCCUGAACUGUACAGUCAGUGAUGCUUGUACGUGAAAUGUCUCACCUGUCCUGUUUUCUCAGAACUUUUAAAACUCUAUCAUGAGUUAAUAUUAUGUAUUGUUACACUUGGCUAGAGUCAAACAAACUUUAUUUAUUUGUUUAUAGAAAAUUUGAAACAUUAAUUACAUAGUGUGUGCGCAUUUGAAACUAUUUUAUAAUGUAUUUAAUUUUUUUUUCUUAAUUUAGAUUUGCUAUGUACAUUUACCUGUUUAAUUUUUAAAAAAAUAUUUUUAAUCCUAUACAAAUAACCAUACAGUAAGGUUUUUAUUAUGCCCCCUGCCCUCCCAAAAAUCAUCAUCAACAUAUAUCAGUUUACAUGUGUUCUUGUGUCAAACCCUGGAUUUGAAAUUCUGGACACCAUUAAACCCACCAUAUUCCCUUUGUCCUAUUUGCUGGACAUUAAAUCUUUCACCUUCCAGCUUGUAGAUUGUUACAAAAGAAGACAUAGCAUAGUGUUUGCGUUCCAGAUGUGUACCAGCCCAAAGCCACGUAGUUAUUUCACUGAUAGGUGGUGUAGUUUGUGCAGCGCCUCAAAAUUAUUUGUUUCUUAUUUAUAUCUUUCACUUUAAAAUUCUCUUGGCCUUGUUGGUCUUGUACAUAUUGAUUGACAAUAUAAAAAGUUAAUAUUUUUGUGAUUUCCUCUUUUCUGAUAGAUCUUCAGACUAAAUUGAUGUCAUAUGAAUCUGAAAGCAAGCAGAAGACUGAUGAGACAGACAGGCUAAACCAAAAACUUCAGGAUGUUACAAGUGAGAAUGUCAAACUGAAUGAAAGGAUAAAAUCUAUUGAAUCUCUGCUGGAAGCUGGACAGAGCAAAGAUACAGAAACAGACCAGCAACAACAAGUAAGAAACGAGUAACGUGUCAAUUCAAGGGUGUUUGUUUUAGUUACAAAAAAAAAAAAAUCACCUACUCACGGAUCUUAGAACCCAGAUAUUUGUGAACUAUAUUUGCCAAGAUGCUCAACUGCCUUAAAAUUAAGCCAUUACUGCACUAGGGCAACUACAGAGAUCCUUUUAAUCUGGGACACUUCUGAAACCUGUAACCCUUGAAUCCAUUAAUAAAUCAUGCAUUAAGGAUUGCAAGACUUUUGUGCUGAAUUCGGGAUAACAUUCCCCUUUCACCUUUCUAUCAUGGGCAGCAUUAAAUUAUUCAGCUUUUUGAGCAGCAGUAAUUCUUAUGUGUGAUCGGACCAGACAGACUAGCCUUCCCUGUGUGCAUCAUUGAGCCUUUGUCGCCUAUGACCCUGACACUGGUUCACCGGUUGGCCUUCCUUGCACUAACCACUGCAUACCAGGAAAACCUCACCUGUCAGUGAUUUUCAUGUUAUGGCUGAUCAGUGUAUAUCCUUGUUUACAGGGAACAUGUGGUCACACUUGCCUAGUGCCAAGUUCUUUACACCUGUUACUGUCCCUUUUGGUGUUGAACACAUUUUUUAUGCAUGCAUUUUAGGAGCAUAAAUUGUAAAAGCUUCAAUGUUGAAUCAUUUUCUAUAGUUUUGUUUAAAAAAAAAAUAUCAGCUAAUCCUGUCUAGUGGAAAUAUUAUGUGUUGUAAAAAUAAAAGGGUGUAGUAGAAAUAUAAAUGUAUAAACUUUAGCAUACCUCAGUAGGCAUGUUUUAUAAUCUAAAUGUUAUGUGGAAGAACCUUUUAUCAAAAAGGCAAUGGAGCUAUUUAUAAUUCUCACUUGUGUACAUAGGUGUCAUGCAAAUGACAACAAUAUAAUGUGACGAUUCGUAGCUAAAUCGAAGGAGAAUUUUUAGUAUUUUAUGCCGCUGUGCACUCUGGCAACGAACAAUUUCAAAGGAAUAAAUGCAGAGCAAAUACAAUGAUUGUUGGUAUAUACAAUUCUCUGGUUUGGAGAAUGAGGAGUUGUUUAUUUAUAUAAGAUAUUCAAAAUCCAAGCUACUUUUUUAUAUGUUUCCAUCAUUUAUAAUUUUUAAAGGGUUAUUUAAGGCACGGUAAAGGAAAACUCUUGCAACAACAGUGUAUUAUAAUUUUUGUUGCUAAUGUAAUCGUUUUUAUGUCUAUAUUGUUCAUUUUAAUUAAUUAGUCAAAAAUGACCUUUACUGUUGUAUGAACAAAUGUAGCAGCAGAGUAUAUGAAGCAUGCUUUUAUAUACUAAUACAAUUUUAAAUACACUGUUGUAUUUGAUGGGAAUAAAAGGAACACUUUUUAUUGGAGAAUGCUUUUCAGUUAUAGUGUGCACAAUUAUUUUCCUCUGUUUGUGUAAUUGUAUAGGAAAGUAAAGCUGCUGAAAUUGAACAGCUGCAAGCCAGGUAAGAACACAAAUUGCUAAAAUGUACCAUGAACUUGUACGUACACCGGCAUACGGCCUGUACAUAAAAAAUAUUGAUACUGCGCUUUUUUAAAUUUGUAUCAUUAUUAUGUGACCUGCUACAAUGUAUUCCAUUUAUGAACUCUUGGCAUAGAUUCUUCUGUUACAUUAGAGUGUUCAAUCCUUCAACCAGCAAUUCCGUUUAAAGGGUUUCUCCAAGCAUCCUUACCAGUAACCUGUCUCCAUUUCCCAGUAACGGUUUGCUCUCUUACCUAGGUCCCCCACUGUGUGCUGUGGGUUCUUCCUCCUCAAAUUACUUAUUUAAUUUAGCUUUUUUCUUUCUGAAUUUGUGCACGAGUGCUUAUGUUUAAUAUAAAGCCAAAAUACUAGAGUAUAGCGGUAUGCAAUGAUGCCUUUAUUAUUGGACAUCAUUGGGCUGUUAUCCUUUUGUAUUUAUCUGCAUGUGGUCUUCAGAUCCUGUAUUUUCAUUUUUUCUCUUCUUCAUGACAAUAAAAUGCUAUUAAACCUAAACUGUGAUCAAGGACAGUCAAAGGUAACGAAUUUCAGAUUUAUUCACUAGCAUUAAAUUAGGUCUGCUGAUAAGACCUGGAUUGGUAGCCGUCCUGGAACAUUGGUUAAGGUUUCCCAGUGAAAUAUCUAGGGUUGUCACUGUUUUCCUGGAACCUUUCAAAAUUGAGGUUGACGGACAGCAGAGCAUGUCUAUGUGCGUGUAGUAUUCAUAUACAAUAUGAUGAAAUUAAAUUGAGAAUUUUAAUGUCUUCUUGAUUGAUUAAUCGAUUUAUAUGCUACACAUUGUAUGACAAUUUUCACAAUCUGCACAAUAUUAAGGUAAAUCUUGCAAACUAGAUGUCUGCAUAGGGCUUUUACUGAAUAUUAAUUAUUCCUGUGCUCUUGUUUCAUUGUUCUAUAAUUGUCAUUGUCAGGCUUCAAAAAAGUGAAGAACAGAUUUCUACCUUCGAAAAGGAAAUUGUGGAAUUAAAGGACACAAUUGAACAGCAGAAAAAUAAAAACAAUGUAAGUUUGCAGUUUUAAGAUAUUAAUAAUUUAACUAUGUAUGGACAGUUUUGUUCAGUUAAUUUAUAAGCAACAAAAUCAUUACAACACAAUGUAGUGGUUAUGCUACUAAGAGGUGAUGGUUGGUUUUUUUUUUUUUAUCAUCAAGCUAUUUGAGAACUUUGUGAUAUACAGUGGGGCUUUUGAGGCUCCCCCAACACCCAGAGACUACCUCCUGCUCUGCUGCAUUGAUGAUGUAGAAUUUACGUUUCCACAUUUGCAGCAUUAAUUCUGUUCACACUGGAAGGCAGUGACAAAGUGCUCUGGUCUAACUUGUCCCCAGCCCUCAGAGCCUAUCACUGCUGUCCAGUUAGGAAGGAAAUGAUAUUAAUAAUGCAGAUCUGUAAGAUACGUUUGCAAAGAUCAUAAGCCGCAAGACUGGAAAAAUAUGUUGUUCACAAUGUUAUUUUCCACCAAGGCACACUUUAACAGGAGAAAUCGUUCAAAGGCAAAGCUACUUUUUUUAUUUCUUUUUUUUAAACCUUAAGCAGCAGAUUCUAAAUGUCAUGUUUACAAGCAGCCUUACUAGACACUGAUACAGCAUUUAUAGCUGGUGAUUCUAGCUAAAUUGACUUGCGCGUUUUAAUUGCUGUAUUGGAAUCACAAUUAAUGCUGGCACGUAUACAAAAAAAAAUUCAACCUAUUGCAGCCCUGAAGUCAAUGUACUCGUGGCACAUUCUGAGGUGACUUGUGCCAGGAAACUGGUUUAGAAUUCUGUAAUGAUGUUAUUCCAGUUGGGAAUCCUUUGAGGGCAUUGGGAAAUAAUUUUACGUUGGUCUACAGCUUUCACAAUUGUUGGCAGUCAUCCUCCUUCAAGAAAUACUAAAAUGUUACACAAUUUAUUGUUUUCAAGGAUCUGCGAGAGAAGAAUUGGCAAGCAAUGGAUGCACUGGGCAAGUCUGAGAAAACGUGGGAAGAGAAAUGGAACUCUGAGAAGACAAUAAAGGUGAAAUAAACCGGAGAUACAAUCUGGCCUUGUGCUUGAUGGCUUGAUGCCCCUCUAUUCAUCGUCAUUCCUAUAUACACAAAGGUUGUUUUUUUUUCUCCAUAAGUCACAUUACUAUGUGGUCUGUACCUGCACAUCAAUGAUCUAGAUUAAAACAUUAACUGCUGUCACUGUACUGUGACUAUUAGUGUUCCAUGGAAAGUGCAGGUAGAGAGUAUCAGCUGUAGGCUCUCAGCCAAUGACCUAAGCCCUACACUGCAGGUCUUAAGUGUCCCUUUAAAUUUAAAAUGAAUUUUGAACUCUGGUGAUUAGGGUGCAUGGAAUGUUCCUUUAAGGCUAAAUAAAGUAGAAAAAUUCAAGUUUUACUAGUUGGCCUUACAUUUGAAAUUCACUUUGAAUUCCUGACAUUUCCCACGUUAGUGGAUAACCAGAAGGCAUUUCUUAUUUUGACCUCUUUUUGAUAAACCGCAACCUUUUAUAAGGAACUUUACACCUGAGAGAACUGAAAGCUUUUCAUUGGCAUUACUCAUUUAUCAGACCUAAAGCAGAAUUUAUUGGACAUGAAAUCUUUUUCAGCCUAUGUUACAGCAUUCGUGAACUGGGACAAAGUGUGCUGAAUGCUGGUAGCAUAUUUAGUUUGAUAAUGCACUGAUCAAAUACCGUUUAAUUUGCAGUUAAGUUAAAUAUGAGUUUUAUGGCUGAUAGUCCCUUAAACGAUAUAUAUUAAGAUGUUUAUAUGUUGCUGUUUCCAUUUCCAGGAAAGUAUAGAACAACAGCUGAAUGAAAUUCAAACAGAGACAAAGGAAACAUUAAGAUCCUUAUUUCCCCAGGUUACUGUAGAAUCACAGCAGGUAUAGUACUUUUUCAUUGUGUGUAUGCUUUAUUUUUUAUUUUAUCUGCCUUUUAUUACAUUGAACAGAUCAUGUUUUAGAAUCCCAUACGCACAAGGAAUACUACAUGAUUCAACGCUGUGCAGUUUGGGGGUCAUUAACCUGGGCAGAACUGGGACAUAGAUGUCUGAGUGGUAGCUGUCUCCAUUUUAAUUCAUCUUGAGAUAAAGCUGGCUUAAUGGAAACAGCUGAAUGUUCCUUACGCUAGGAAACGUUAUACAUUUUAUCAUGUCACCACUGGGGAUUAUUUUCAACCCUCCUCCCCCGUGUUGCUGUCUAUGGUGCCAGCAAAUGGGAAAAGCAUUCCAUGAGCCCCCACAUUUGUUUUUUUUGUUUUUGUUUUUUUUUUAAAGUAUUUUUUUAUUCAAUUAUUUGGAAAUCUGAUUCCAUCUGAACAAUUGAAUGCUAUAUCAGGAGCUGUCAUGGCCGUUUUGGGUCAUUUUGGAAGGAAUUCUAUCAUACACAAUUCUGAUGUAAUCUUCCUCAGUUGAGAGUUUUAGUAUUCUUCCUCUACAUUUUGUAUCUGUAUUGGCCCAGAAUUACUUUCCCAGAAAAGGCGAGUAUAAAAUUGCUUUACAAUUCUAGAAAGGGGAAGAGAUGUAGAAAGCUCUACUCAAAUGAGCUUACAAUCUACAAGAAUGUGAAGUAAGUGGAUAUAUAUAUAUAUUGUUGGGUGUCUUGCACAAUGACACUUACAGUUAAUGUGGUCUUCCUGGGUUUACAAGUACUAAGGCAGCAAGUUUACCACUUCUCUAACUGGCUGGUACGAUAGGACAAAAAUGUAUGUUGGCGAUGCAGAAGUGUAAACUCUGCGUUGUCAUUGCAGAUGAGUAGGGGAUGGUGGUGGUUCUGGGAGCAGAAAAGAACUAAGGUUUUUGUCCAAAUGCUCCUAAAUGGUGGUGGUUAAUGUGCUUCGAGCAGCCUUUUAAUCUAGGUUCUGAGGUGUAUUGAGAGACUUUACACAAGAAAAUGGGCAUCUCCCUAUGUCACUGAUUUAUUUUUUUCUUUCCUUGAGUAUAAGUGGGAAUAAAAAUGAAAAUGCAGUUUGCAAGGUCAGCGUAUAAAGCAAAUUCUGAAGUCCUGAACUGAAUCCUUCUCUUGUUCAUUUUAACAGUCAUACAGUGAAUGGUUACAGGAGUUCAGGGAAAAGUCAUCGGGCGUUCUGAGCCAACAAUCUGAAAAUACAGCUUCAUCUGUAAGUACUGGACCAUUAACUCUGACAUUAUAAGGACAGAUUGGACUCUGCAUUGCUACAGAACGAAUACCUCAAACACCAAAUAGACAUUAUUACAAAGGCGGUCCUAGCUUUUCAAAGCCAGCAGAUGGCAGACUUUCACUUCACAUAUUUUUAAUAUGCCUAGAUUGAGUGAAACAUACAUUUUACAAACUCCUGUGUGUCAAGCGCAUGUUCUGCAGUAACCAUUACUUAUUGGCAAGGUGUGUUUAAAUUUCUGGAGAGUGAUUUAGGUCUCAAUUUUAAUAUUAUUGGUUAAGUUUCCAAAUGACUUAAUAAUUUUGAGUAAACUUUUAAAAUUGCUUAAUAUUGUGAAAAAUGUUAAACUUUUGUAAUAUUUUGAUAUAUAUUUUUUUUUUACAUGCUGAUAUUUAUUAUCUAUGUUUUUAUAUUGUAAUGUGUUGAAAAAAAUAAUAAUAAAAAUAAUUUUGAAAGCUUAUCCAACAACAUUAUAUCGAGGUCUUGGGUUGAAGAUGAAAUGUUUACAGUCCAUGUCUAACAUUAUAGGAUCACCAAAGUUCAGCCCAACACAGGAGGGCGUAGGUUUGAAACACGUUAAAAUGACUUUGAAAAAAUAGCAUUACUGCCGCUAGAGUAAUUGUGUGAAUUGGCUGUCUGGUAUGUGCAAAUGUAGAACAAAAACUGUCACGAAUCAUAUUCUACAGACAAUCGUGUGAUUGGGUAUAUAGAAAUCAGAAAUCUUAUAGAAUAUAAUGAUCAAUGUUUAUAUCUGUAAUUUAAUAUUCUCUUUCUUUGUAGGAAUUAUUGCUGAAACUAAAAGAGACAGAAGAAGCACACAAUACAGUACAAGCAGAAUGCGAGCAGUACAGAACCAUUCUCGCUGAGACGGUGAGUUGGAAUUUGAAGCUUAUCCCCAUAGAACACUGCACAUUCAAUGGCACACAUGUAAAUGCAGAUAGGCAAACACUAUGCAUAGUGCAGAUCUGUCUCUUUUUUCACGCUGUCCUUUUAUAACCUUUUUUUUUUUCUUCAAAUUUUUAUUUAGGAAGGGAUGCUCAAAGACCUUCAGAAGAGUGUGGAACAAGAAGAACAGGUGUGGAAAGUGAAGCUUACAGAGUCUGAAGAGGAGCUCAGGAAGGUGCGCAUUUUAUUUAAAUUCCAUCUUAUUUAACCCCUCUCUGAAACGAAUCUUUGUCUUGCACAAUUUAUUUUGUGCACACAUGCUGACCAUCUUGGACUUGUUGGACUAUUUAUUUAUGAGUUUACCAUCUUGAGUUGGCUUUUCCAGAACACACUAUUAACCAGGAAAAGACUGAAGACUUCCCUUCUUUCUAACCCCCCAUGAUAUAAUAUAAUAUAACCAGAAGGGUAUAUCCAUGGCUGCUUGUUUCAGACUACCUUAAGGAACUUGAUUUGAAUAUAUUGUGUUUAUUGUGUGUUGAAAGUAUUUGCGGUUUAUUAUAAUACAGUCACAGUACAAAGUAUGUUUAAAGUUUUUUUGGUCUUAAACUUAUUUACUAAACCAGCUACAGUUCGAGGCUUGCCAUUUUAUAUGUACUACUGAUGAUUUCUGAUUCUACAAUGAGAUUGGAUUCCUGGUACUGGAAAGCGAUACUGUAAAUUAUAGGAAUCCUCAUUUGGCUUUUCAGUGCUAAUUAUGGUCACAUGUAGUAAGUUACCAACACCGAUACCAUCUCAUUUUGGGGAGUACACUAGGCUUUGACAUUAUUUGAUUUAACUUAUUAUUUAUUUUUACAAUUUUUUUUUUUUUUACAGUCCCAAAUCCAGGUGAAAUCUCUAGAAGACUUAGUGGAAAAACUGAAGUUAGAUGUUCAAAGCACAGAUCAGGUAUGAUAAAUUGCUAUUAUUUGUUCUGUUUUGAAUGACAUGAUAUUUUAAACACAGAUUUACAUCCAAUACAUGGACACUCCAAGUUCAUGCAUUCUACAGAGAGUUGUGCAGAAACUGCAGAAAAAAUUAUGUAAAAAAAAUAAAUUGUAUUCUCACCAUUUUAAACAAUCAAUAUGUAUGCUCCAUUCUAGAGUUGCACUUGUACAAUAAUGCAGAAGCAGGAGAAAGUUCAGGAAAAGGGCUCUUCCAAUCAGUAUCUCCUUCUUGUCUAUAGGGUUUAAUCUUAUUCCAUGCACAUCAGUUCAGCAGCAGUUUAUGGGAUAUGUAUUAAAGCCUCUGCAGGAAUUUAAUUCAUCUGAUAAGAUGUUGGUAGCCAUACCACAGCUGCGAAUCACCCUUUGACGGUCGCAUUACCAGUUCUUUGUGAAUGGGAUUAAACCGAGAAUUUGCCUUGGUCGCGGACUAUGAAUGCACGCGCGGAGCUCUGGCUCGUAUAUCCUUAGAUAGCUAGAGUUGAACUUGCCUGGAUUGCGCCUACAAAGGCUUUGCAGAUCCAGUCCCCACUCCCCAUCUAACAUUAUGAAUUUCUCCAAAUAGUUUACCCUGACGUCAGAAGGAUAAAGGGCUUGCUUAUGACUGCAGCAAUUUUUGCAAAUGGUUGCAAUUCUGAACAGUUAUGUACAAAGAGGCUGGGACAGAGGGACCUUGCCCCCCAUCCUGUACAGUGAUCAUAAGGUUUCGCCAUGUUUGGAGUGUUCCUUUAACCCCUUCAGGACCGAGGACAGUUCAGGACCGCCGUCAUCUGCAUUUUUCCAUUGCCGACCGAUGACGGUCCUGAACCGUCCUAACGGUCCUAGUUACUUACCUGAUCGCCGUCGUUCCCCCGGCGGCGAUCAGCGUUGCUCCAGGUGUGGGGAGACUGCCUGCAGCCCAGACAGUCUCCCCAUGGCGGAUUAGGACCCCUGUGGCCAUGUGAUCGCUCAACAGAGCGAUCACAUGGUCACAAUAGGUGUCCAUGUGUCUGCCUGCAGGGGGACUCUCCCUGCUAGUGUAAAAUAAAAAAAAAUAAAAAAGUUAAUGUUAAUAAAAAAUAAAAAAAAUUAUAUGUGUUUAUAUAUAUAUGACAUAUAGACAUAUAUUAUAUGUAUAUAAUAUGUCUAUAUAUCGUAUAUAUAAUGUCAUACUAAGUGUAUUUUUAUAUUAAUAUGUACAUAUAUUAAUAUAAAAAUACACUUAUAAUUAAAUUACACACAAAUAUAUAUAAUAACUAUAUAUAUUGUAUAUAUAUAUUAUUAUAAAAUAUAAAUAAUAAGUAAUUUAAAUUAAAUUAAAUUUUUUUAAAUAAUAAAAAUUGAAAAAAAUUAUAUCUAUAUGAAAUUUUAUUCUAACUGUAUUUUAAAAUUAAUAUAUAUAUAUAUUUAUAUCAAAAUACACUUAGAAUGAAUUUGUAUAUAUAUCUAUGUAUAUAAAAAUAAAUAAAAAUAAUAAGAAAUAUACAUAUGUCCAUAUACAAAAUUACAUAAAUAAUUAUAUAAAUAUACACGUAGAUUUCAAAUAUAUAAAUAUGCAUAUAUAUUUAAAUUCUACGUGCGUAUUUAUGUAAUAUUUUUACAUAAUUCAGUAAUUUUAUUGAUUGCAAUUUGAGGGACCUGCCUGCCAACCCAGGCCGAAAGUCCAGAGAAUUUAAUUUGCUAGCACUGUAUUUUACCCUGUAACGUUCUACGAAACCCUAAAACCUGUACAUGGGGGGUACUGUUUUACUCGGGAGACUUCGCUGAACACAAAUAUUAGUGAUUCAAAACAGUAAAACAUAUCACAGCGAUGAUAUUGUCAGUGAAAGUGACUUUUUUUGCAUUUUUCACACACAAACAGCAUUUUUACUGAUGAUAUAAUUGUUGUGAUACGUUUUCCAGUUUUUAAACACUAAUAUUUGUGUUCAGCGAUGUCUCCCGAGUAAAACAGUACCCCCCAUGUACAGGUUUUAUAGCAUUUUUGAAAGUUACAGGGUCAAAUAUAUGGGUCAAAUAUUUUUACAAUGAAAAUGGCCAGGUUGGUUACGUUGCCUUUGAGAGCCUAUGGUAGCCCAGGAAUGAGAAUUACCCCUAUGAUGGCAUACCAUUUGCAAAAGAAGACAACCCAAGGUAUUGCAAACGGGUAUGUCCAGUCUUUUUUAGUAACCACUUAGUCACAAACACUGGCCAAAAUUAGCAUUUAAUUUAUUUUUUUUACUUUUUUCACACACAAACAAAUAUGAAUGCUUAGUUUGGCCAGUGUUUUCGACUAAGUGGCUACUAAAAAAGACUGGACAUACCCCAUAUUGAAUACCCUGGGUUGUCUACUUUAAAAAAAAUAUGUACAUGUUGGGUGUUAUUCAGAGAUUUAUGACAGAUAAUAGUGUUACAAUGUCACUAUUGAUAAAUUUUUAAAAUGUAUGUUUUGAAACCGCAAUAUCCUACUUGUACCUAUAGCCCUAUAACAUGCAAAAAAAAGCACGUAAACACUGGGUAUUUUUAAACUCAGGACAAAAUUUUGAAUCUAUUUAGCAGUUUUUUUCAUUCGCUUUUGUAGAUGAGUAGAAGAUUUUUCAAGUAAAAGUCAAAACAUGUAUUUUCUUUCAAUUUUUCAUCAUAUUUUAUUUUUUUUAAAUUAAAAUACAUGAGAUUAUAUAAAUAAUGGUAUGUAAAGAAAGCCCCUUUUGUCCUGAAAAAAACCAAUAUAUAAUUUGUAUGGGAACAGUAAAUGAGAGAGCGGAAAAUUACAGCCAACCACAAACACCACAAAAGUGUAAAAAUAAGCCUGGUCACAAAUGUACAACAUCGCAAAAACAGUCCAGUCCUUAAGGGGUUAAAUAUGUGGUUGGCCGCUAUCUGUCUGUAUAUAAAUAUUAUUAUUUUAAGAAAUAGCCUUCUCGUGAUCUCUAUAAGGCAUCUUCUUACACUGUUCCAGAUUAUGUUGUCCCCACUUCAAAGCAUUUUUCUUUCCUUUUUAUUUUUUGGAAAAAAAAACAGAUGUUUCUUUUCUUGCACGCAAAUAAAGCCAGUUGUUUUUCUCUGAAUAUUUAAAUGUUUAUAGUUAAAAGAAUGCAUCUCCCUCAUGGAGGCACAGCUGGAAACUCAGAUGAACUCUGCAAGCACAGAAUGUCAGAACUACUCAAAGGAAGUAGAGAUUGUAGGUAUUUUACGGGACCUAUGAAAUGUAAAUUAACAUGGUGUGUGCACGUUAUGAUGGAUAUUACAUGUUUUGGGUAAUCGUCUUCCCCACACAGGUUUUGCAUGGAUACUCUACCUUUAAUUAAAAUGAACAUUGAUUUUGGUAAAACUGCAUUGCAUUUAAUAUUAUAUCAAUAUUUCUAACAAUAUGUUGCUGUUAAAUAUGUUUACAUGACCCCAACAGCAGUUUAGUUUUAAAUGUAAUUAAUAACUCAUUAACCAUAAAACACCAGCAGUAAACAUUUUAGGUUUUUUUGUGUCAUAAUUUCACAUAACACAAAUAACUAUUACAAUGAUUUUUUAUCUUUUUUUGUGCAUUUCCUAUUUUGCCUCUACAACAUCAUUAUUGGGAGAAACCCCAUCACCCAAACAUAGCCCUACCUCCAAUGAAGCAAUGUGUUAGGUACUUUUCCCCAAGUAAUUGUAAGGAUUGGUCGGUUGUUGAUUAUCUAACUACUGAUUGGCUAUUGGUCUCUCCUCUAUGCUGUUUGGCUGUUGGCACUUUGUCCUCAUAGCCAGUGUAUUCAGCUAUCUUGGUUGUAUUUGACACACACACACACACACACACAAAAAAAAAGACUAUUGUCACCUGAACAACUUUAGCUUAAUGAAGCAGUUUCGGUGUAUAGAACAUGCCCCUGCAGCCUCACUUCUCAAUCCUCUGCCAUUUAGGAGUUAAAUCCCUUUGUUUAUGAACCCUAGUCACACCUCCCUGCAUGUGACUUGCACAGCCUUCCAUAUACACUUCCUGUAAAGAGAGCCCUAUUUAGGCUUUCUUUAUUGCAAGUUCUGUUUAACCCCUUAAGGACACUACUUCUGGAAUAAAAGGGAAUCAUGACGGAAUAUUUCCGUCAUGUGUCGUUAAGGGGUUAAUUAAGAUUUUCUUAUCCCUUGCUAUGUUAAUAGCUUGCUAGACCCUGCAAGAGCCUCCUGUAUGUGAUUAAAGUUCAAUUGAGAUUGAGAUUGAGAUACAAUUACUUAAGGUAAAUUACAUCUGUUUGAAAGUGAAACCAUUAGUUUUUUUUCAUGCAGGCUCUGUCAAUCAUAGCCAGGGGAGGUGUGGCUAGGGCUGCAUAAACAGAAACAAAGUGAUUUAACUCCUAAAUGGCAGUGAAUUGAGCAGUGAAAUUGCAGGGGAAUGAUCUAUACACUAAAACUGCUUUAUUUAGCUAAAGUAAUUUAGGUGACUAUAGUGUUCCUUUAACUUGCUACAAAACUCUAUAACGUUUAUUUUUUUUCUAUUGUGUGCAUUAGCUGCGACAGCUCUUAUCAGAUUCCCAAGAGCAGUUGGAAUCCACAACAGUAGAAGCAAGGAAGCAAAGCAAAGAAUUAUCACUGGUAACAUGCACGGUUUCAUUCCACCAUUUUUCUACAUUUGUAUAAUUGUGUUUUAAAAUCUAAGUAUUCUGCUUCCAGCACUUUUAAUAAAUCUUUCUAGUUUAAGCCCUCAAAGGGACACUAUAAGCACCGAAAUAACGUUAGCUUAAUGAAACUGUUUUGAUGUAUCGAUCAGGUCCCUGCAGUCUUACUGCUCGAUUAUUUAUAUAUAUAUUUAUUUGUAUUCCCUUAUAAAUAGGAGAGAAACUCUCUCUGUAAAUAAAUAAUCCUCAGAUUUACAGAUGUAUUUUUCAGUGCCUUUUUUAUGUUUUGUUUGUUUUUCUUCUUCUUCUUGUAUUUUUUUUCUUUUGGCUUUUAAUGUCGGUGUAUGAUAUUUCUCACAGCUCAGGCAGCAGCUCCAUGAGAUGCAAAGUCAUGUGCAUGACAGGGAAACCCAUGCAGUAGAGGAACAUCAAAUUAAACAAGAGGUUUGUAAUGAUCUUGAGAAAAAAAACCAAUGAGUAAUUUAUUAGGCAACCUAUACAGACUGUCAGGAGUAUUCAGUAAAGUGAGAAACGUGGACAAUACAGAGUGAAUUUCAAAUGUAAGGCCUAAGUAGCUGGAAAAGAAGCUAAGCUGUAUGGGAGAAUUUUUCCAGUUUGGCUAUUGUAAAAUUCACUUUGAAUUGUCACUUUAGUGAAUAACCCUGUCUAUAUUCAAUAACGAUAAUACUAUUCUAAUAAGACAAAUGGACACCAAUCUAUCCAGUGUUAAAUGGCGACACAGCUCCUCCUGUACGUUGGUCAAAAACCCUGUAUUCUAUAAUGUGUGCGUAGGGAGCAUAUUUUUUCAUAAAUACAUUUUCCCAAACCGACCAAAAAAAAAAUAUUCCUUUCAUUCAUGAGCUUAUGUGGUUGUUAUUUUAUGGUUUUAUAUAAUUAUUGGAGUUGUAAACUGUUAACAUUUUGUUGUUUUACUUUUAUUAAUUAAUUUAUUUAACAGGCUCGGUUGGAAACGCCGCAGUCCAACCCUGAAGUGCCAACCGAAGAGCAGAAUAUUUCAAAUGACUUAGAAGAGGUAAAAUAAAAUCUUUACACUCCAAUAAUUUUACAUAUAUGCUCAAUUUAGUAGAUAAGCGUGUGUGUGUGUGUAUAUGUAUGUAUGUGUAUAUAUGAAGCACACCAAGGUUUAAAAAAAUAAAUAAAAUCAAACGUAUCGCUUCUGUUCCUUUUCUCAAAUCAAUUUUUUCGGGGAAAAACCAAACAGAAAUCGGUGUUCAGUUUGCAGGAAGAGCUGAAGAAGCUAAAAUUUGAAGGUGAUAGCGCUACAGGGGCAGAAGAAGCACAUGAACUUAAGGUUUGUAUUUUGUGAUUAUGGAUGUUUUCAUCCUUCUAAUUAGGAUUUUAAUAUCUUCUACUGUUCUUCUGUCAGGUGGUAACCAUCUGCUCAGAUUUGGUAACACUAUGGUAGUAAUGACUUCCAAUAACAAAUUUUCUCUACGGUGUGCGUUAGUUUCAGUCACAGAUUGUGGAUGACAUACAUCAUAAAAUUUUAUGUCUGGAUCCACUAGGCAUUCUGAGUAAAGGCUAUAAGCGGAGACUGGUUCUUACAAUCCACAAAGACUGACUGGAUCCUGGAAUCUGCUAACCAUAUUUUCUGGAUAACCCUAUUAGAAUCCUCCUAACUAACCAUCUUGCUUCACUGAAAAUAUUGUAGGAAAGGCUUGACAAGGAAAAAAAACUAACACGGGACUUAGGUCAAGCAGCUACCAAACUUCUACGUCUUUUGAAGGCCUCUCAGGAACAACUAGCUAAGGAAAAAGAGUGUAAUAAACUUCUGAAAGACCAGCUUCAAGAGACGGUACUAACUGUCAUACUUUCUACCUUUCUCAGUGUGUCUUCUUUCCUGUUUCUCUAAAAAUACUAAUCACUAAUCUAACUGACUCUGUUCCUCACAGACCUCUUUCCCGUCACUGGAUGUUUAUAUACAGGCUUUAAUAUGAAUGUAUAUAGACCUUUUCUUUUCCUUGCUUCUUUGCAUACUCUCUUGAAAGGGUAGUCAUUGGAACACAUUACAUUUAGUCAUUACCACAUAUGUCAUAUGUCUUAUUACUGGAUAAAUAUGCCUAUCUAAGAAAAUAUUACACACCCCCAAGCCCUUCUCCCUCUCCCAAAGAUAUGAGUACUGAUCUGCUGGGGACUUCUUUUGUUCUCCUUAACGUAGAUUAAGAUCUUAUCUUGCAAGUUUGAAAUCAAUACAUUUCUUUCAAGUUGUCUCCUAAAUAGAUUAUAUUAAUGCCAUUGAUUACCUACAUUUAGCCUGGCAGAAAAUUGUAGUAGAUUUAAUUAUGUAUCGCUAAUCGCAAUUCUUGAUUAGGGAUGCACUGAAAUUUUGAAUCGCGAUACCGCACACAGGGGAAGGGGGUGUAUAAAUAGCCCAAGGCAAAUUAGGCAUUUGCAUUGGGCGGCACUAACAAGGGGGCUGCAAAAAAGGCCGCCCCCCAAAUGCCCACUCUGGCUUACCUGGUGUGCCUCCUCUCCCAAUGGCUGCUGGGAGGCGUGCGGCUGUGUUUCAAUCAGAGGCGGCGAGGGAGCUGUGAUCUCCCUGCUCUGCUCCUUUGUGCGCCGUUUGCUAAUGCCACGGGAGCCGGAACAUGACGUCAUAUUCCGGCUCCCGGCAUCAUUAGACAGGGCGCGAGGGAGCAGAGCAGGGAGAUCACAGCUACCUCGCCGCCUCUGAUUGAAAAAAGUCAUUUUCGGUUUCGGUUUUUGGCCAAAGGUAUCCUGAAUUUCAUUUUGGUGCAUCCCUAUUCUUGAUUUUAAAACAAAACAAAAGCUACUUGUAGAAUUACUUCUUUAAAUCAAAACAUGUACGGGGCUAAAAAAGAGCACUAUAACAUUAAGAAUACAAAUCUGUUUUCCUAACGUUCUAGUGUUCCUGUCUCUAGUAGUAUUAGGUUUCCCCCCGUUCGGCAUUGAAAAGAUACAAAAAAAUAAAAACAACUUUUUCCACUCACCCUGAUCCAGAGCAGUGGCUCCCUUGCUGCUGACCUCUCCUCUCCUAGCAAACUCUGGCCCUGGAUGGUUCAAUCCAGUUCUCCUCAUUGGGGACCAAUUGCGCAUGUGCGGCAAGCACUGCGAGCAUAGUCAGAGUAAAACGCAAUGCUUUCCAAUGCAGAAUUUUGAAUGUUUUGCAGAAGCACCUCUCAUGGCUCUUCGUAUGACAGCCAAUAGAGGAGGAACUAACUUUGCAGUGUAAACAUUAGUUUCCAAAAACAUUGAGAGGGGUGACUAUAGUGUAGCUUGAAUCAACUUUACAAUGCAGUUACACAUUUUUAUUUAUUUUUAUAAUUAUUAAACAAAACUGGAAAAGUGGCAAACAUGGUCACUGAUUUUUGUUUACCUGUAUGUAUAUACAUUUUUAAUUCUUGUUUUGUGCAUAACAGCUGUAGUGAAAUGUACAUUUGCCCAUCAUCUACAACCAACCCUAGUGAAGUUAUCUAAAGAGGGAUGCGAGAGCCUUGUUGGGUGACUUCUCAAGUACAUUAUUAUGAAUUGGAAUGCCUAUGUAAAUUAUUAUAAAAUUAUACUUUCAUUUUCACUAAAAUAAUUCUUAUGGAGAGCUGCAAGGUACAGAUAGUCUCUACGUAAGGUGCCUUCUAAUAGUUUUCUGGAGAGUUCUUGUUGUGUCUCAGAUGGAACCCUGCAUCUUCAUUGAACCCAUCAGUUUAAAGUUCUACCAUGUCACAAAGAUCUACUAUUGUAAAUACAGUUUCCUGGUGACCCUCACAGACUUGCUGAAUUAUCAAAUAGUUUGUCAUACACAAAUCUUGCGAUGCAUUAUUACUAUUUAUGGUCUUAUUUUUACGCUUCCAGGAAGAAGAUAAGGAUGAAAAUAGCGGAACAUCGGUUUGAUAUCAAGAAAAAGUGAUCUCUACCAAAAUGCCUUAAACAUCCCUUUCUUGAGAUUAAAAUAGUGACAAUAUUGUUAUAGUGAGCCAAAAAUACUUCUGAAGUACAAAUAGGAAGUCAAAUUAUAUAAUUUUUUUGCUAAUUUGAAAAAAGUACAUUCCAUUUAAAAAAAAAAACACUGACUGUGUCAGUGAGUCAAUUUACAUAUUCAUCUUCCGAAUAGCAGACAACAUAUGGAUGCUUUGUAAAAGGGAAAAAAACUGUGUGCUCUGUACAGGAAUCUGCACAUUUUAUUUAGGAAUUUCAUGAGGUGAGCGUUCUAAGAAUGUAAACCAGCAGGGAAUAGGAGAUUGAUGCCCUAUGUAUUGUAACUGGUCUCCAGUAUAAAAACAAACAAACAUGUGAAUUGUUGGUUGUCUAAAUGCCAAUAAAACGUUGCUGUAGCCAAAAA